GCGGAGUCUGCUGAUCUUAUUGGACGCAGACGCGGAAGUGAAGGAGAUAACUUGCUAACAACAAGGAGGCUCUUUUACUCUUUAAUUUGGGUCUUUUGAGUCCUGGAGGACUUUUAAGCCGACAUGGCUCUACCGCCUCAACUCAAAUCCAUCCAGCACCACAUGAGGACCGCUCAGGAGCAUGAAAAACGGGACCCGGUCGUCGCUUAUUACUGUAAGUUUGUGGGCUAAUAACUGUGGCUAGCAGCGUCAGUGUUUCAGCUUUGUUUACCUGUGUGUUCGUUUGGAGCUGUAACUUUCAGUUAGGUAUAACAUGAGACAGAGUGUGUAGAGAUAACAGCUGUUUAAAAUCAUUAUACAGUCGGAGAAACGCGGGUUUGAAUCAUUUGGACGGCCGUGUUAGCGGUUAUAAGUCUGUUAGCAUCCAUGCUAGCUCUGACAGUUGAAACUUCAUUAACGUUACUCUGACGUCAUGGCAGCUCCUAGCGUCAAGGUAUUCCCGUUUAUCUAUCAAUCCCAUUCAAACAGGUAGGGUUUCAUACUUGAGAGGGCUUUUCAGAGGCUUUUUCCAGCCUGCUUUCUCCAGCUGAAACCUGGACUCAUGUGUGCUGAGUUUCAGCAGGUUAGUCCUGGCUGUGAGCCUGAACGUGGAGCCCACAGUCAGAGAGUCUGAGAGUUCAGUAACACAAUUAUAGGGCUGCCGGGAACUCCUCGUCCAGCUUGUUUCUGGAUGACUUGGUUGUUAGCUAACACUCAGUCCCUGCAGUGAGACGUGUGGCUCAGCUGUCAAGAAUGAGCUCCACCCUGCAGACCUGCAGAGUCAGAUUAAGGCUGAGUCACAGAGCCACAAUAGGAGCAAAAUCAGGGACUCUGGAUAAUACACAUCAGGUGGGUUAUAUUACCACUUCUAGUCAGAUUAGACUGGGAAAUAUGGAUCAGUCUGAAUGUAAAGGAUUUACAGAAAACUUUGAUCACGAGUAAAACUGCCAGCUAGGGCUGGGCGAUAUGGGAAAACGUUUAUCACAAUAUAUUUUUUUCAUAUCAGUCGAUAUCGGUGUAAAUAUCAUGAUAUAAAAAAUGACAAUUUAACAGUGCUUAUUGGUGGCAUGUCGUUGCGCUAGAGAAAGCGGACUGAAUGGUUGGCUGUUUCGGCUGCACAGACACCAUGGGCUCCUUGCUUACUUCUCCAUGAAUUUUUAAAUUAUAUGAAAUUUCUAGGAACUUUACCAUGAAUUUCUCACAGGGCUAUUUUCAACCAGUAUAUAAAUAUAUAUUUUUGUUGUCAGGUUGUUUGUCUAUGAAAAUGUACAAGGGCUAACGUUAGUUUGAUAUUUAAGUUGACCCACCGUACACAGUUCAAUUUGUUUGCCGCGCCAAUGUUAGCAGAGGACAGAAGUAAUUCAUUGUUUCACUUAUCUGAUUCUGGCUGGUUAGUGGAAGACUGGUGAAGCGCGUCAAAGACGGGCACUCAGGUAUUUCUCCUCCAUGAAUCCUGAGGUGUUUAAUCAUGUUGGUCGUGUUGUGUUGCUAAUGUUGCACUGAGAUAAGAGUUCAUUCUUCCUACUAAAAUUCAUCAAAUUCAUAAAAUUCAUCGGCUAUUUCUUCCAGUCGGCACACUCCGGCAUCGAAACUUGGAAUUGAAAUUUUAAAAUUUGAACGGUUCUGGGAGAAUCUGACUUUUAGUCCCGGUCCCCAUCGAUGCUCGAGACUUGAUGCCCAACCCUACAUGACACUGCUUCAGGUGGUUAAAAAGAUUUGAGGUAUUCCCUGACUUUGCGAGAACAUGUACUCAAAAUAAUUUGCAGUGCACAUUCCUCUGCUUCAUAUUUGUAUAGUGUACUAAAACAUUGCAGAAUGCUGACUAUAUUGAGGGAAAUUAAUUUUCGAUAUUAUAUCCUUAUCGUUUCGUUGCCCAGCCCUACUGCCAACCAAUGAAAAAUCUUACAAAGUAUGGGGAUGUAUCCACUGCUGAUUAACUACACCAAUUGACAAACAUUUUGAAUAAUCACCAUCAUAUCGACAUUGACCCUCCUUUUAAGCUGAUUUUACAAACCUUUUUAAAUGAUAACACAUGUUUUCACACCAUAAAUGUCUGCAGAUCAAAUUUAAAACAGAUACUGUGUAUUGUGAAAGAAAAAAAUCUGUUCUGUGUAGAAUAUUACAGUUUAAUAUUGGGACUGAGACUGCGCAAUCUUGUACCUCCAGCAGGAAAAUGACUGCACACUCCCUUUCCUCGAGAAAGCCCCCAUGAUGAACUUUUUUGUUUUUGUCAACUCUGUCACCCCCUGUGGACAAAGUGAUAACUUUUAUAUUGCUGCUAUUCCUGUCAUAAAAUUACUUCUUUUUGACAGUCACUCUGUUUAUAUUUGCUGUAGAAAAACAAAAGAAAAGGGUUUUAUCUUCACCAUUUUGAAUCAUCCAGUCCGACCAACCUUCUCAAAUCUCUUAGUGAAUGAAAGAAUUGAAGCAUGUGACCUUUUUAUACGGUUACGUAAAAAAAAAAUGUAUGAAGUAGUUCGAUAGACAGACAGACAGGCUCUGGUAAACAAAAAAAUAAACACUUUGUCCACUUACUUUUACUCCUUUUAUUUCCAUUAGAUUUUUAUACAGAGCUCAGAAUGAUUUAGUUUUUAGAGUUUCAAAGGUCUGAGCCGAAUGUAAUGCAGAUGCCAAUCCAUGAAUAAUCUUGUUAAAUAAUUGUUAUCUCAGUAUUAAUGAAAAUGAUCAUAAUUAUAACUUAAGCUGUGAUUGAACAGCAGUAACUUUUAUCAUAUGCCCAGUUAAAGAAAUGAUUAAUGGAAAAAUAACCUUAGAAAUCUGUUCAUAAAAGGAACCGAAAAGACCCUUUGUUUUAAAAUCUGCAGGCAUGUCAUGCGAGCCUUAACUUAAAAGGGCGAAGUGUUAGUGGGGUCCCUCUUUGAAAAAAACGGCACAUUAACUUUGAUUUUAAGAAGAUAUACUAUAAAAAAAAACACAUACACACACACACACACACACAUGAAAGCAGUAUUUAACUUAUAAAUAGUAAAGAUUCACAAGCUACAAUCUACCAGAUUAAAUUCAAGAGGAACUCCUAACCAAGAGCAACAAGUAGGAAGCUGCAGAUGGGAUUAGUCUAAUCAAAGGUGUUUUAAAAUGGGCUGAAAUGGUGCUUGUCAUCUGUUAGAUUUGCCUAUUGUGACUCAAACCACCUCCUUUCAGUCAGAAGGGUCACUUGAGCUAACAGCAAGAAAAGAAUCCUCUCUAAUGAAAUAUUCUGGUAUCCAUUAGAGGGGAAGCAAAGGUGUUAUUUCACACAAUGGCUGUCAUUCACAGUGAGUCCGACCAUUGUUCAGGCCGUCCCCUACAGACUGAAGCAAAGCACAUGUGUUCUGCUGAGGGUUUAUCUUUUUUAUUUAACUGUUUCUCUACGUGAAAGGAAAUUACAGAUUUUGUUCCUAGAUUUAAAGACUUUAUCACAGCAUCUGUUCAGUUUCUCUCUAAUAUCAGAACAGAUGAAUUCAGCUUUAUUCUGAUUAUAAACUACAUGCUUCACACUUUGAAAUGUAUUGAUAGGGUACAAAAGAAUACAGAGGGGUGACUGACAUAAAUAAAAUAGGAACAGACAAAGGGAAGAGGUCAGUAAAAGCAACAGGGGAGACAGCUGUCCUUUAUGAUCAAAGAAAGCAGAUGGAAAUGCUUCAAUACAUUAAUUUACCAGAAAUAGCUCAUGUCAUUUACAGCCAGAAACAGAAAGGAAGUUAGCAACUGCUUUCUCAAUGAUUUACGUGAAUUCCCAUUUUUACAUUUACCCAGAAUGACUGAUAAGUGAUUUUUACCGUCAUGUCUGCUGGAUCCUGAUAAUGUUUAUUCUGCAUUGAGUUUCCUGCAGCAUAGCCCGGUCUAUGGUGGAGUGCGACAGACUAUCUGAUCAGACUUUUGGUUGAUAAUAGAGAGCACACAGGCUUCAGUUCAGCAGGGGUCUGAGUCUGACCUACUUGAGCUCUGACACAGGGGCCUGGGAGCAGCUGCUGGAGGCGAGAUGGUGAGGUGUGAAAAGGCAGAAAAACACAAAAUGGAAAGCUCUCAGACGAAAAUGAUGUAUGUCCACUGUAGCGACAAAGCUGCGAGCCAUUUCCUGUGACAGCUGGGAGAAAGUCUCUCUUCAGUGACACUGCUUUGCCUUUUGGUUUCAGGUUUUAAUGAGUGUAUUAUGUGGUGUCUUACUCUGUGACAUGUGCUGUGAUUAGACAGCAAGACAAACUAAACUUGCUUAACCUUAAAUAGACAAAACACACCACAAUACUAUAGGCUGAUUUUAGGCAUUAACAUGAUGCAGUUUUCGUACUGGCUAUAACAAGCAUGGAUGUAAAAUGUAAUGUGAUUCAACACAUGCAUCAUGCAAUCAGAAGGUAACACAAGGUGGGGAGAAAGACAGAUGAUUUGGAUAAUUCAGAGCAUGUAUGGAUUCAAAAACACUUGUUUGAUUGCAAGAGUCACAUACAAGCAGAGACUUGUGAUAGAAAUACACGUGAUGCUGGGUCAAGGACGCAUGUGGGAUGAGUGUUUGUACAUGCUCACUAGUAGUCAGGAGCAGAAUUACUAGCCAGCUAAAGUAAUAAAUUAGAGCGUCAUCAUUGUACGCCCUUUAUGUCUAAGCUGGAGGGCAGCUACUCUUCACUUGUCAGAGUAAACAGUAGGGCUGUAAUCAACCAAAGAAAUUCUUGGUUGAGCAAAACCGUAACAUUUUCAACCAAAAACCGACUAACCGAUUGCUGGAAAAUGAGUGCAGAUGAGCAUAACAUUUUUAAGUUCCCUUCUUCACUUCCGUGCUGUCGCCUCACUCUUCAUGAUAUAAACAAUCAUGUUUGUGAUUGUUUAUCAUGACGUAAAAUCUCGUAUUUCUUUACAUGAAUCUCCUCUGCAAAUACGUAAAGUUAAAAACGCUCAUCUGCGCUCAUUUCCCGGCCAGCACUUGAUAAUAAUAGUUAUAAACUGACAUACAAGAUACACAAGAACUCUGAUUGUAUUUCCAUGAAGUAAUAAUCAUAAAUGUUCUUCCUUGGGCUGCAAAACUCCGCUGCACUCAGUGAUCACCUCGUCAGGCUGCUGGAGGAGAGUGGGUGAGUUGUGGUUGGUCUCUUUGCUAAAGAAACCAGGCAUAGCUAGAAAGAUGUUUGGUGGCUAGCAUUAUGGCCUGGACCCUAUGUUAGGUGCUGUUCUGAGCAUUAUUUGUGUCUAUAGAGUGGUUUUUUGGUUGAGGUGUGUGCAUGGAGCCAUAGACCGCUGUGUAUUGCUAUUGUGCGGUCGUUAGUAAAGUUGGUAAAACUAGAGAAGCAAGCGGUCGGCAACAUUCAUCUCUCGAGGGGGUGUCUAACUCGGUGUCGUAGUGUGUUUGACCUUAAGUUAAUUUUACACCGGAAUAUCCCUUUAACUGUAGAGUGUGGGAACGACCCCUCCCCUCAAACAGCUCUCACUUUCAGUAUUCAGUAUGUAGUGUAGUAGGAGGAUGCAGGAUUAUUGUGAUAUCAGUUUUCAUCAAAAUAUACAUGAUUUUCCUCAGCCGUGGGUUUGGUUAAUGUUCACUGCUUUAGUAUUAUAAUGAUCUACCACCCAGAUGUAAACAAACACAGAUGUUAUUUUUUGAUAUCACCAGAAAUGUACAGCUGAUAAAAGCUGCUGUUUUACUUUCUCAGACUCCUCUAUCUGAAUAUUGGAGGUACGGGGUGGGGGGUGAACUCAGAGUGGCUCCUCCCCUCCACUUCACUCUGCAGUACACCUUCAUUUCUUAAGUGCACAUGGACUGUGAUUGUGCUUUUAAAGGAGCUGGCGACUCUUUGUAGUUAUGUAUUAUUACGAUGAUUAUUGUAGAAGAGUUCAGAAGCACCACCCCUCAGCUGCUCUUUGUGGCUCCCUGCAGUGUGAGUGACAGCCGGCUACGAGUCAAGCUGCUCAGUCAAUGAAAGUCAGUGAAACUCAGCGUGUUAGUUUGGGUUUUGUUUGAUACCCUACUGUACAUGAAGUACAGCAACAAGGAGAUCUUCAUCAGAAUUUGCUAAAUGCAGUCAGAUUCAAGAACUUACGGUGUUUUGUCCAUCUUAGUGCACAGUUUUGCAGCUCUGCUCUCCUUGUCAACAAAGUUAUUCAGGUGGGAUAGUUUUUUUUAUUAAAAGUUGGAAAAAUGCAGAAAUCUGCCAAACUUUUUCAACUCCAUUUUUGAGUCUGGUUGAGUUGGUUGCUUUGAACAACCAUUAAGCUUUUGGGCGAUCCUUCCCCUUCCUCUGGCUUAUUCACCAUAUGGAUAAUGGAGCAACAUCAAAUUUCCGCAGCAUGCUUUUGCAUUGGUGUUUAUUUCAGAAAUGUGUUUGACAAGAGGGUGCCCAGUAUGAGCAGCAGGUGAGGCAGCGAGCUGUUUGUCAUGAUGUUCUUAGAUGAAUCAUUGCAGAAACUUUGACUGAGCUGAGCGAGAUAUGGGCACAGGUAAAGACCCUGGGUGCUCCGUCCUUUAUGCAGCAUCCUGCCUUUAGCUUGUGAGUUGAUUGGCUUUGCUUUCAUGCCUCUAUCAAACCUCCCAAGUUUUCAAACAGACCACACUUUAUCUGUUGGUCCACACCAGAGUUGGUAUCAGCUAUCUGAUCACUCCAAACAAGCGGAACUGUCAGAGGUGUGAGGCUUGGCUUUUUUAAAGUGGAUCAAACAGCUGUGGUAUUCCAAUUUUACUUGGAUUGCUUGAAGUGGUGUCCCUUUUUUAACGGGGUAAAGUAGUGUGCUGGACAAGUCUUUGGAUGAAGAGUGGAUUAUGGGUAAAAACUCAAGCCUCUCUUCAGCUGAUACAGGAGUUUAGUUCUGAGCUGCAUUAUCAGCCUCUUGACGGGACAAAGACUCCAGGGAACAGUCCUGAAGUCAGGCUUCUGGUUCUGUUUGCAGCUUGUUUUUGGUUGAAGGAUUUUCACUCUCUUAUCUCUUCACUGUUCCACUGUUUUUAAUUCAUCUUAACUCUAAUUAAAAACAUGCGUUGCGAUUCGUUUCAGAGGACUCUGCCGGAGUAUCGCUGCCAUGUAUCAGUGGUUAAUUUGCGGUUUUGUCCCUGGAAAGCUUGAUUCAACCUUCCUGUGGAAUCACAACCAAUCAGAGACUCCUCAUGGCUCAUUACUGAUCCCUGAUUGGCUCCAGAUGACUGAGGGUGAAAGUGACAGAGUAAAGGAAGGGCAAAGGAGCAGAGGGGAGGUGGAUGAGAUUGAAAUGACAGCACUGAUGGACUCAGUAAUGAUGCUUUUGGAAACGUCUCUGUUCUGGAGCGAACCAAGCGAGCACUCUCUGCUGCACAUGUUUUUUUUAGAGGAGGCCAUCUAUCUUUUUUAUUUGCUUUGAACACUAUUUGAAUGUAUUUCUGAAAGCAUGCUAGGACAUUUUUUUGAGAACUUGUCAUUAAAAUUGUCCGUCAUGACAAGCUCAACAAUAUGCAUCCUCAGAACGAGCUGUACUGUCUCUUUCUCUGAGUUUCAUUUUCACUGUCAAACAUUCAUCCCUAAAGACUUGAAGCUCAAAGAGAAACACAUUAAAGCUUCAUCCUAAAGUGAGGAGGACUUGGCAGGGAGGUGAUUUUCAUAUUUCCUGUAUAAAUCUUGUUUUCAGUGGCGUGAUGGCAGUGUUUGCUUUUAACCUCAGGGCUAAAAGCAAACACUGUAAAAGACGGUUUAUUUUCUUUGAGCUUUUUGGUUCUGUUUGAAGUGGUUGUCAUAAAUAAGAACACGAUCUUGGCGGCAUGUCGAGUAAGGAUUCAUGUUUUGUUUUGAAAGGAUUCAACCUCAGUGUUUAUGGUUGGACACUUUCCAUUAGUUUAUAAGUUGCAUCGAGAUAUAAGAUAUAAAAGUUUGAGGGUUUUGACUUUCUCUGAAGCUUCUUGUGAACCCUGUUUGGAUUAACUGAUUAGAGUGUGAUCCACAGGUCUAAGGUUGCUGUAAUCUCCUAAAAACCUGUUUGGCUUUGACUCAGUGUUUUCUAUUUCUUAUGAAUGUCUAAUGGGAUAAAAUGAUGGAUUUGUAGAAAGUAGAGGAGCACACAAAAAUCAAAACUCAGGUGCAUUUCAAUUGACUAUAAUAUCAUCAAAAAGUUUAUUUAUUUCACUAAUUAAAUUCAAAAAGGUGAAACUCUUAUAUAGUAUAGUUUCAUUACACACAGACGGAUAUGCUUCAAGUGUGAUGCAGGGCUUGACCAUUUCACUCAUAUUCACGACUAAAAAUAGAUGUGUGCAAAUUGUAAAAUGUAUUUCGGGGCACAUGUGCGCAUAAAAAAAAUCAGUGGAAGCAACAAAUGUUUUUUCAUGUAAAUACCGCAGUGAAGUUAGUUUUAGGUUGGAUAGCUGAUGAACAUUCACUGUGGAUCUACCGGGAAUGACAACAGUGCGAUUAAAUCCACUCGGCAUCCUCACUGUCAACAUCGGGUGCUGAAUAAGGGACCAUCAAUAAAUUGCUGGUUGAUGUUCUCAGAAAAGGCUGUUUUCCUUUAAUAGCUUCCAUGUCAUGUGACCAAUUGACCUAAAAUUGAUUUCAAAUAGUAAUACUUAUGUCGAUCAAUAAGACACACCUCUUUAUUUCCCUAAUUUGUCCUCAAAAGUUUUUUGUGUUAAAUUUGAAGGCAAAUUUCAAACAUUUGCUUCAAUAGCUGCCAAGUCAUGUGACCAAAAGAUCUAAAAUUGAUUUCAAAUAAUAGUACUGAUGUCGACUAAUAAGACAUUAUCAGUUAACAUUAUUUGAUCAAUUUUCAUUGUGCCCCUAAAGUACUUUGCGUGCUCCUUACUUGUUCAAAUUUUGAGCACAUGUGUUCCUUGUUAAAAAAGUUAGUGUCAAGCCCUGUGAUGUAAAGGUGCAAUAACUAUAUCCGGUAUUAACUUGGCUGUGCCAAAGCCACAAGUGUUCCUUUAUUCUCUCAGAUUGUUUCAGAAGAAUAUAGAAAUGCUCUUAAAUCAAACAAAGGUAGAAGCCAACCUGCUGCUGCAUUUAUUUAGUUUAUUAGACAAUUUGUGUUGUUUUAGGAACGUGUGAGAGAGAAGCUGACAGUGAGGGUAUAAAUCAAUAGCUGGAAACAAGCCCUUAAAUAUUGAGCAUGAAAAGGAAAUUUGGGCGCAGUAAUGGGUUUUUCUCCCUCAAUUACAGUCAGUCCAUAACUCUUUGAUUUCAUUCUUUUAAAACACAUCCUCCAUUUAGCUGAACAGGCAUUUAAUGUUUCUGAUUGAAUCUCUCGGACGAAAGAGGUGAGAAAAUAUUUCAUGCAGGGACCCGAAUAGAGUGCUGACUUUUUCUACUUACUGAACUGAAGAAUUGAUUACAAACACCAUAAAUUAGAGCAAAAAUUUACCGUGAGGCAUUUUUGUUCGUGCAGCUGGCUCAAAGUUGCACUGUUUGCACAUCAGAAUGACCAAUGGGCGUCUGAAAUGGAGAAACAAAAGGCAGAGUCUCAUCUUCAGAGCCAGAACAACUCUUAGCUUCAGUAGCACUGAUCCCCCAGCCCUCAUCCUUAACUGCCAAACCUUCCAUACAAACAAAAACACAAACGCACACUCAUUUCCCAGUGCAAUGUGCUUACGCAACUUUAAUGCACUACAUAUAAUAGCUACUGUAGAGUCUGAAUCACUUACUGAGCAUUAUCUAUACAAUAUACACUUUCUCUCUUUAACUUUAUGUACAGUGUUAUUAUCUACCAUGAAACUGGAUCAACCAUGCUGUAUGUUUGGUGCAAUGAUAUUAUCUUCCAUGCAAUUUGCCAAUCUACCAUGAAAUAUACAUUACUUAACCGUCAUUAUCCAUCAUGAAAUAUUCAUUUUCUACCAUACUGUACAGUAUGCACCACUUACUGCGAAGGAAUAUACAAACGCCUACUGUGCAGCGCUCCUUAUGUGCUGCUGAAAGAUAUCCAUUAUUUAACAUACCUGAAUGCUUACUUUGUUUAUGUUGUGCACCUAAGGUGAAUUAUUGUGCAUCGCAUGAAGACACUUUAGGCUAUUUUAUAUUUUAUGGUCUGUAUAGAUCGCCCUUUGUAGUGGGGAGGGUCUUAAUCUGCAGGUUAUUCAAGUAGACUUAAUGCAAAUCAAACAGAGUGACCUAACCGCUUUGUUUUUGUAUAAAGCACUUCAUCUGUGGAAUAUAAGAAACAGGGAUUUGGGCUGUUUCAUUGAGAACACUCAGGCUGCUGCUUCUAAAGUGAACAGUGUGUGGGCUGAGUUGGCUCCAGAUAAGCAGAUUAACUUUAUCUUGAAGUGAGAACAAGCUGCUUCAUUGAUCUCUGAUGUGGUGAGAUAGGAGUGAUUGACAGGGCUUUAGGGAAGGCGAGGAAAAUUCAUUUUGAUUAUUUUCAGGAAGUUUUACUUGUAAAGGGGUCUCGUACCACUAUUUUAUUCCUGUAGCUGUUCUGUGAGAAGUCUUUUCUGGGUUCUGGAUGUGGACUGUCGGCCUCCAGUGAUCCAGGAAGACCACUGGAGGUCAGCAGCAGCUUGUUUCCAGGCCUCUGAGCCUGACUGGGACUCAGUGUGUGAGAGUCCAAGUGUAGACAGAGAGGGAAGCUGUGUGUUAUCAUGAGGAGAGGAAGACUUCCUGGUUUUAGUGUUGUUGGUUUAUUGCACAGCUGACUGUGAUCUCUGAGUAUUAGAAACAGUCCUUUACACAGCUGGAUCCCUCUCUUUCUACCUUCAUCAUUUAUAUUUGACCACUCCAGCUCCUCUGGCUCCUCAUCAGCAGCUCUCUUUAAAUUAGCCUGCUAAUGCCAGCCAAUAUUUAACUCACCUCCAGCCCAGAACAGGGCGAUCAAUAUCAGGUCCAGUCAGAGCUGUGAUUUGUUUAGCUGUAAUGAAGCGGUAUAACUCACCCGCAGCUCCCCGGCUGACAGCGAUUGGCUGGAGUUCAGCUGUUCUCUCUCACUGAUUGGAUCAUUGACAUUAUAAACGGGCUGAAACUGAACACAAACAUUUACCUCUGUCUGAGUUCUGUUUACUUUAAUUCAAAAUUUAUGUCGUUGUAAGUUUGUUGAAAAGCAAUUUAUUAGAGCUUAAAGUGUUUUUACUUGAUUAGCUCAGUACCUCUCGAACUCCAAUGACACUAUUUUCUGUGACCUGUGAGGGAUCAGAAUAACAGUGUUUAGAUAUUUAGCAGGAGGAAAUUUUGGGUCAUUAUUCAAAUAAAAAGCAGAACCUGGCUCCUGGUGAAUACUCGUGUGGGUUGGGGAAGGAAGGAGGAAAAUUAAUGAGGUAAAAGUUUCUUAAAACUGUGAUAUAAAAGCUUGAAUAUAUAAGGGUUAAUGUAAAGUAUGUAACGGCUAAAACCAAUAGGAUCCAGAACAGCUGCGCUCCAAUCUGGAAUGGCGGGUGGAUCAAAUACGCAAGCAUUAUAAUCAAUGUGUGUGAUUCCACAUAAGCUGUCCACUGACCGGCUCCGCUGCAGAUCGUCUCCGGCGGCCGGAUCAGAUACGCAUGGCUUCUAUUUCUGCCAGACGCCACAGCACAGCGCAUCAACUCAGUGCAGCGCAGAAGUUGUAUGCGGCUACAGAGUAAAUAUCUGGUUAAUUUCAAAAUAAAAUAAAGUCAAUAUGUUGAACUGUUCUUCGUGAUAAUAGGAGAGGCCAGGGUUGUGCGAUGUGGGUGUUUUAUAUACACUGCCGAUCUUAUUCAGUGUUAACGGGGAAACAUGCAAGAUCUCAUGAGAUCUCGUCGAGUCUUGUGAGAAAUAUUGCAAGCGCUUCUUCUCCAAUGGAGCAGUGGUACGGAUCCGGUGGGCGCUGUAUGCUUGCGUGUUUGAGCCGCCUGCCGUUCCGGAGCGGAGCCGUUCCAGAUCCUGUGGAAUCCCUGGGUAAGUGGGAGGCUGGACAGAUUAGAAACCUGACAAGACAAGCAGGAUACUCAUGACCCAGAACUUAGUAUCUGACCCAAGUCUAAACAGAAAAAUCAAACAACUUAACAUUGAUGCUAAUAUGAAGAGCUUUUAAGGUUCAAGUUACCCAUCAGAGAUCAGCAGCUUAAAGAUGCUCUUACCUGCUGUGCUGCUGGUGCACGGAUUGCAGGACAGGAUGUUGCUCCACUCCUGUCUGUCUUAUUUCCCUGAUCUGAAGACCAGCCUGAGAUGGACACUUAACGCUUUCUCCGCAGUGUCAACAGGCAGAGUGACAGCAUACUCAAGUGGACUGACUAGAUAUGACAGGUGAUCAGGUGGUCUGUCGUGUCACUUUGAUUAUUGAGGAGUAAUCACUGUUGUUGUAGGGUUCUGCCCAAUCUGAAUCAAGCAUUCAAUACAGCCAGGGGAUGAGUUUGAAAAUAGUGUAAUAAACAUACUAAACGAGUUAAUGAGACAAAUCAUUGUGUGUUGAACAACAGAGUUAGGGUUAGGGUUAGAGUUAGUUUUUCUCCAAUAUUGACAAAAGUGUGCAACUGUUGCUCUUAAAGAAAACUUACAAAAUGAUUAACAUUUCAGUAAAGUGAAAUAUGAACUGGUAUGGUAUAGAUAAAAGAUUACUAGAACAGAAUCAUGUGCUCAAAACUGACUAAAGUGAAUGAAAGUUUUGGCUGAGACGGUCUUUUUUGUGCUGAAAUAUGGUCCCAUGUUGCGCUGAGAGGAGGAGGAACUUGUGCUGCCUGAAAAGCAUCUGUUCCAUCUUCAGCUGACAGCCUCCUCUCUGUAAUCGUCUCUCUCUUUUCACUCUGAGCAUGUCCCCUUCUCACUCACUCUGACAGACACACACAGCGACACACCACGCUCCAUAAUAACGUCCUUGUCAUCCCUGUGACGGAGGGACCACGUUGGCCCAGAUUCAGAUUGGCUCAGAUUCUCCAUGACCAACGUCAGAGCUGAGCGGAGGCUGUGGCUCUCUGCCAGAGCACUUCAUCCUGGAGUUAAUUCUUCCUGAUCAACGUACUUUUUAGCAUCCCCGUCUGAAUGUCAGGGAGAUAAAAUCCAUCAAACAUUGUCGUCUAUCGGGAUCAGGGUUUAAGUUUUCAUUUCUAUAACUCUGGCAGCGCUUCAGUUUUCUGUUCUGGGCAUUUCAAACUCUUUAAUUAAAAUGAAUUAGAGUUAUCACUUUGAAUAAGGAUGAUGGAUCACUGUGAUUUCAGUACGUCUCUGCAGACACCAUUAAAAAGACUUGUUUCCUCUCUUAUUUGCAGUGAUAGCUUUAGACUGUAUUUGCCAUGCUCAGAUAUGAGCUGUGCAAACCAAUGAGCCAAAAAAAUCAGCUGCAAAGCUUCCUGCUGUUGUGCUAAAAUUUAUCAGCCACUUAGAAACCUUCCUGAGACUCAAUAACAAAGAAGCGACAGUCUCCUGUACUGCAAGGAUGGGUCUUAAUCUCAGGAAACACCCUGAAAAAGGAGGAUUGAGGGGAGAGUGAUCAAAUUAAAGUCUAAAAAGAUAUAGAAAUUAUUAGAAAUGUGCUUUUCUCCCAAUUCAAUUCUUCCACGAUUUUUUGAAUGCCACUUCGAUUAAAAUUGCGAUUCUAUGAUAUUGUGGAUUUUCUCGAUUUUUAAGGUCCUUACACACUGUGGCCAACAUGGAUAUAGAACCCGAAAUUACGAAAUAUUCAGAGGAGAAUUUUGAUGCGCCUGACCAUACACGUCAAGCCAUAUUUCCCUCAAAAAACACAUCACAUGAAAGUAAUUUUUAAAAAUUUAUUCUUAAAUUAAAAAAAAAAAAUCCAUUGAAAAAUUGUAAAACAAAAAUUUACGAUACUUAUGUGAAUUGAUUUUUUUUCUCCCACCCCGAGAAAUUAUUUAUCUAUUUUUGAUUCUGACUGAUAUUGAAAUGCAAGUCUCUAGUCAUAUUUAUUCAUGCAGAAAACUGAAAACAAUCAGCAAAUUUGCAAGGUGAGCUGCAUGUGUGAACACAAAUUGAUAAGAAUUUUUACACAUUUUUUUCUGCCAAUUCUGCCGUAAAUUUCUGCAAGAAGUCAAUGUUUGGUGCCAGUUAUGACAACCUGAGACAUAGCCCCCACAGCACACUACCCCCCUCACCCAACAGCGAAGAUUUCAAAACUCUUAGGAACAACAUGUGUGAACGAGCAACUUUGUAAAAUUUUAGAGGAAGAGCUGUCAAAAAUUACUGGAAAACGUCAGGAGUGAAUGUGUGGAAGUGGCUUUUUUCCAGGUUUAUAAUGUUUGUGUGUUUGCUGUCCUCAGCUGUUGAUUUGGGGGUUAAAGGUCGUGGGAUGGGACCUUUUAAGUUUGAAGAAAAAAUGCUCCAUGUAUCACGUUUAAGUGCUGAAAGUUCACUUUUUCACGUCCUAGUUUACCAGAACACAUACACACUUGGCUGCUUUGCUGUGUUUGUGUUGGCAACAGCAGGAGCAGUUCAUCAUCUACUGCUUAUUGUUUCAGAGAGAUGAAAAAUAUUCAAACAGAACAGCAAAUUUCAACACCAGAGGGUUUUGUUUUUAUUCUAAUGUCAGCCUGAAGAUCUGAGGAAAUAACAGCCAUCGAUUUGAUGCUGUGUUGUGCCAGCUUGUGCUUCGUUAUUACAUUUCUCAUUAAAAAAAGAAACAUUAAAAGUUAUUUGCUUCUCUUCACUGUGGAACAGACCUGCAAAGAUUGAAUUCAGACCUUUUGCAAACCUGCAUCCACGUGUAGUUACUGCAGCAUCAUUCUGACUUGUCAAAAAGGUCAAAUUGCUGUGAUUAAGUAGAAAGAAAAUGAUUCAACAUGGUCAGUUUCAAGAGAAAAAUAAUUUUACUUUUAUGUUCGUCUACGAUGAAACAACCAGCCAGUUCUUUUCUUGUCCACCAGGGGGCUGUUGGUCUGCUACAGCACAUCUGUAAGGGUGAGCCUGUCUGGAUGUCGAUCUUCAGUUUCUGUGGCCUCACAUCCUCUCUGCUGUCAAAGCCCUCUGUGUGUGUGCAGCUCAUUGUCUGAACGGCCUCAGUGAGUGUUACUCUGUCCGGGCCGAGCAGCACAAAGCCCGUCUUUGUCGCUCACUGACGGGCGAACUGGACGUCUUGGUUACUGGCUGCUUCAGCAGCUGAGGAGCUGGUGGCUAUGUGUGUGUGUGUGUGUGUCUCUGCACUGAUUCCUCUUUUACAGAUGUGUAUCGCUCUGUCCUUUUUAGGAAGGAUUGACGUAAGAGGCUCUAGUUGGGUGGUGGUGGAGGACAGUGACACUGUGAGGGACUGAAACACUAACAUGAGGUGGCGACAGGACGUUUACAGUUCAGUGUCCAGCUCAGCAAAACACUCUCUGCUGUGAUUUCAAAUCACAGGAAUAAUCUGAUUGAUUUAUUAACAUACUUCACUUUGUUGCAUUGUGAAUCAACAUCUUCCUGCACAUAUGAACAGCUCUCCUUUGUUGUAACCUGCAGUUUUCCCACUGCCCCUCAGAACAUUUACUGGGCAGGUGUUGCAAGUGGCCAUCAAGCUUGAAGGCUGAGCUGUUGUAAUAAAGUUCAAGAUAGCCGACCCCUUUGCUCACUCCAUUUUGAAAACAGUGUGGGCAUCCACUCAGCGUGUUUACUUGUGGAUGCCACAAACGGCAUAACAUAGAGUUAGACUGAUUAGAUCAGCAACCUAUGCAUUGGGCCCAUAGUCACAAUUCCUGUUCUAGAAUUUUCUUCAGUAUCAGAACUGAUACCUAUAUCAAAUAUCGGAUCGGUGCAUCCCAAAUUUUUUUGCAGUGCAAGAUGUUUUACAUUUUUGCAACAUCAGUAGCCCCAGUUACAAUUUCCUCCGCUCAAAACUACUCAGUAUUUAUGUUUUUUUUGCAAAUCAAUCUGUGCACGCUGCAUGCAAGUGUUGCACAAUUAAAAAAAGUGAAAACAGGCAGAGCGAAAUUCUGGACUUAUUUUGGUAAAAAAUCAGUUCAGUCAAAAUGAUUAGAAAAAGGAUUUGAUCACAGAAGAGAUGGUGUUUUGUUAAAUGACAUGCUCAGGCCCUCCACUCUCAGUUCUGUUCCUCCUGCUGUGAAAGGUGAGCUGUGGAGUUAAUCUCAUCCAGUGGUUCUCAAGUCCAGUCCUCCACACACCUGAUUCAAAUGAUCAGCUCGUUAUCAAGCUCUGUAAUGGCUUAAUAACGAGCUGAUCAUUUGAAUCAGGUGUGUUGGAGCAGGGAAACAUCCAAAACAUGCAGGACAGUGGGGGCUCGAGGACUGGACUUGAGAACCACUGGUCUAAUCUGACUCUGUGUCAUCUGAUAAUCCUCCCAGCAUCCUCUCUGAACCUCAGACUGCUCCAGUCCUCUCAGACUGAACCUGCUGACUCAGCUGUUUAUUUACACUCUCUAACUACACAAACUCACACACUUUCUGUGGAUCACAGCUGAUACCUGCUCUGUUUGUUUGGCUGGCAGCUCUGUAAAUUUGCUCUGAGAUUUUGCUGUGGUUACCUCAGUGUGUAGAUCUGUGUGCGUGUGUAUCAGGCUGAAACACUGAUUUAGAUCAACAGGAGGACUUCAUUCUACCACAAGGAGCUUACGAAUUCACAUACUGGCCAAAAUGACGUGUUCAAAGAAUCAACAAAAGAAGAAAUAUGAACAGAUUGAUAGUAGUUUAUACUUAAUGUGGUUCUGAAUGACGUCAGUGUUACUGCUCAAUCUCCAAACUCGUAAAAAGGAAAACUUUUCAGUCAAUUUUACGUAUCCAAAGCUUUUCUCCUGCUGCUCUGAGAUGUUGAAUCACAUUAAAAAAGAGGAGUCUGACUGUAGAUCUAAUUGACAGAUGAGGGAUUGUGGGAGUUGGAGUUCUUAUACAAAGAUUCUCCUCUGCAGGAACAGGUCUCUCCUGACCUCUGUAUAAAUCUUUUUAACCUCUGCUUGGAUGUCGUAUGUGUUUGAAUGGUGUCAGAGGAGAGACGGCUUUGAUGGAAGCUGCAGAGGAAUUCACCGAGCUGUAAAUAUUUCUUCUCUCUCUGCAGGUCGCCUGUAUGCCAUGCAGACCGGCAUGAAGCUGGACAGUAAAACUCCAGAGUGCAGAAAGUUCCUCAUCAAACUCAUGGACCAGCUGGAGUCGGUAAGUUACACCUCCCUCAGCUCGGUUUCUACCUGGGUGGGAUCCUGUGAUUCCCGUUAACAAGACAGUUUAUAGUGUUAAAUUUAUCUCCAAACAUUUCUGCUUUUUACAUCUCCUGUUGUAGUCGUAGUUUUCUGGGUUACCAGGGGGUUGAAUAUUCAGAUUUAUUUUCCUCCUGAGCACAGGGAGGAUUUUAUAACAUGUUAAUGUUGGAAGAAAGAUGUUGGGAGAUCCUUUUCCCUUGUUCCCUCCAUCCUAACCCACCACUUCCUUGUUUUUGUUAAAUAGACUUCCCAAUUCAACCCCCACCUGCCUCUUGAAACCUGUUCAAGGUGUUAAAGUAGAUAUAUAGGUCAUGGAGCAGUUGACCUGGAAACUAAGACCCCAGGUUCGAAGAAAGAGUUGGGAUCAUGCUAUGAGUGUGAGCUAAUGUUCCUGAGUUAAACAGCUGUGACUCUGCUGUGGAAAUCACUCCAUGGACUCAAAAUCACUUCCAAAAAUUAUUGCAUAUUAACCCCGGUCAUUGCACCAGGCUUGCUCUCAGCUCCCAGUCCAAAUCCAGCAUCCCUGAUGGUAUGAGAAUCAUCAAAGUCCAUGUCAUUAGUAGCUUCCACAUCUGUGAAGGCUCCAUUAAAGCUGAGCAGUAUAAACAGGUUUAGGAGCAACAUCUACUGCCAUCUAGAAAAUGACUUUUUCAAGGAAGACCUUCAUAUUUCAACAACAUUUGACGUUUAGACUCCAGAACCUGGUCUGCUGGGUUCACUAAGUUUUCAGAGUGUUGGUGUAAGAAGGGCUGAUGUAACAUGCUUCUGGUAUCAAGUUUAAAAUAACACCAAACUUUUCAGUUUUUUGAAAAAUGUUUUUUUUUUUUUGUUUUAGCCAUUUCAGUCGUCAUGUUGUAAUAAUUUCACUCAACAAGUUUAUCUAUUUGUUCUCGUCAUGUGGUACGAGCUCUCCAGCAUUUACAUAAGAGAGUCUGCUGUCUGGUUGUCAACAGGAGCCCAGCUUAUUAGAUUUUAUAGAGCUGUUAUGAAGAAGAGGGAGGAGGUGAGAGGAGGAAGAGGAGGUAAACAUGCUCUGGGGUCCCAGUGGGGGUCAAACAAAUGAGCCUUUUAUCGUAGAGGAACAGAAGAGGCGAUGGAGCUGCGGAAAAACCAUCUCAACGCUCAAUAUCCUCAGGGUUCCAGUUUGAAUUUGUUUAAAAGUUUGAUUCUCUGGGUUCUUAUUUAUGAUGACAAAUGGGCUGAUAGUCUGGGGGACGUCCUCAGUUUUUUGUUCUUUUUAUUCCUGAUCAAAAGCACCCAAACAAAUGCGAGAUUCUGAAGCAUUUAGAGAGGAGCAUUUUGCUGGUUUGAAAAGGUUUCUUAGUAAAAUUUUACAAUCCCUGAGGAAUUAUCUCAUCUAGGCUUAAAACUGUGAUGAAAUGAGAAACAGAAGAUGUAGUUCUAUGCAUUAAAGAGACUAAAGACUGAGGUAGAUCAUUUUACAGUUUCAAAAAAGGAUGAUAAAAGUGGUUGCAGAAAGUUGUUUUCAAGGGGUUAAAGUGAAGAUGAGACAUGAGGAGGUGGGAAAUCCCACGGCGAUGCUUCAUUGAUCUCUCAGAGCCAAUUAAAGGAAGAAAUGGACAAGGACACACACAUGCUCAUGCAAACACACACACACACACGCGCGCGCGCACACACAGACAGACACACAUACACAUACAGCAGCCCCAGGAGGCAGGUUUUACAGAGGCUCCAGGGAUGGUCAUUACUGUCACACACUCAGGAUGUUCCUCACAUCCUCUGCUUUGAUGUGUUUCUGUUCGCUAUUGCUCCAGUUUGAAGUUUGCUCUCUGUGCGCUCUGAGGUCCAUAAAGUGUUCAGACAUCAGGAAACCUGCAGCUGCAAAGUUUGACAUGCUUUAUAAUUGGAUGAUUAAAUGUUUAAAUAUUGAAUAUAGUGAAAGGAAUGGGGACUUCGAAAAGAAGACCCUUGUAUGAUAUGAUACACUGUAAGAAGAGGGAUUGAAGACACGGACAGAAAAAGCAGCGAAACCUCAGUAACUGGGACAAGAACAGCAGUCCAGUUAAAUCUCCGUAGCUCAACUUAGAAUAAACUGUUAACAUACUCGGUGUGUUCACACCUAGACAGGUUAUGCAUCUCCAAAUGUGUGCAGUAAACACAGAAAGAUCUGCAGUCUGAGACUUUGUUUCAUUGCUGCAAAGCUAAUAAACCAGUCCUGCUUGUGUUAUAAACAGCAUGUGGAGCCAUUCUCUAUAUACAUAUAAAAUCCAUUUAUUUACUGAGAGUUAUAAGACUUUCCUCUGAGUCUGCUAUCCUGGCUGUACUAAUCCACAUGUAGUUUUUGUGGGUUUGACAUUUGUAAACGGCCCUUAAGUGCUUGAAAUUCACUGUAAAUUAGGUAAUGGUCAGAUCGAAACCCCCGAGCAGGAACACGCCUGAGAGAAAAGCGAUGAGAGCAGCGAGCUCACUUUGAUCCCAGACUCUUUUUAUUCCCUGACCAGUUGUCCUCUUUUCAUUCUGCUCUCAGCCCGCUGGUUUUACAUUCCUUGACUUCACACACACACACACACACACACACACACACACACACACACACACACACACACACACACACACACACACACGGUUUGAUUAUGUCAGUGAACAGAGUGUCUAUUCAGCCUGGUCAGGGUCCACCUGCUGGAGGGAACCAGCGUGUUUUCUUUAGUGGUUUUAAAAGAAACCUGAAACAUGUUGGAGGCUGUAAUGGAGGGAGAGAGGAGGACAGAAAGAAGCAGAGAGCUCUGGAGAGCCCAGUGUUUUAUGUAAGAGAGGAAUUACAGGUACAGGAUAUGCAGCUGAUGGAGGGAGAUGGAGGCGCAGUAGUUGGUUUAUCGAAUCAAAUCAGCAAAUAUGUUUUAAAGAAACUGGGAAAGCUUAAAGGAUGAUUCUGUUUUGAUUAUUUUGGGGUUUCAAUUACUUACAGCUACAAAAAGACCCCUCCACUUUUUAUUGUGGUCUCCUCACUCUCUGGCAAUACUCUAGUUCCUGUAACACCUGCUUAUAAAACUCUAUCCCCUAGAAAAGAUUUCCACUGUAUCAUUCUUCUUCUUCUUUGGCCUUUCACAGUAAAAUCCAGAACUAGAUGCGGCCUCACUAAGUGAAGCUUCUGUUCCGGUGAUUGAAUGUUUUAUUGGUUAUUUUUGAUCUAAUGUGCUUGUUUGUUGUUUCCCAGAUGAAGAAGGAGCUGAGUGACAACGACUCCAUCACUCAGGAGGUUGUGGGUAACGCCCACAUCGAAAACUACGCCUUAAAGAUGUUCCUGUACGCUGACAACGAGGACCGGUCAGGACGUUUCCACAAGUAAGGAGAAAACCUGAGGCUGUGUUUGAGGGUCAGGUGGUGAACUUCAGAGCCAGUUUGAAGCACCAGGGAGCAGUUUUUAACGAAAGGUGUCCAAAUGUAGUCAAACUGAUGAUGAAGAGACCUCUUUUUCUGAUCCUAUCCUCCCCUUUUAAAAAUAUCAGAAUCACUCGCAGCAUUUUUGCCCGAGCAAAAUAUUCAUUUUUGAUUGAGGGUGUGCAGAGCAUUGUCAUUGCGCAGGCCUGAUUUUGACAUUUUUGACGUUAAAAAGUGGAAAACAUGCAACUUUCAUAUUUAGUAUUCAAUCUGCCCCAAGUUCUGCAUGUUUUACCAUCAUACAGGCCUCUUAUAUAUCACCCUACAAGCUGGAUGAACAUAUCCAUCUCAAACUUGGAGAGAAAAGUUCUCUGACCUUUCAGACUGAAUGAUGAUGAUGAUGAAGAAGUUAUUAACUGUCACUUUUUUGACAGUGAAGUCCCAGUUGUUUUCAGAUGUUUGUGUUGUUGUUAGAGAGAAAAGUCUACAGGGUAACUUUGUAUUUAUGGACUCCUUAUGCCCCUCAUACCAGGUUUUCCCAGACAACCCAGCUAAAUAAACCGUGGUUUUCUAAUCUCUGGGGUCAGAUUGAGUACAUUUUUUAAUAUAGCUAGAAAAAAAAAAGUCACAUAUUUGUCUCAGCGGCCGAAACAAUCUGCACAAGCAGUUCCAGACAGCUGGAAAGCAGCAGGUCACUUUUCCAUCCGUGGAAGUCUGACAUUUUGCUGUAUCUGCAGAACUGCUGCUAAUGUAGGUCAGGAAGUGACCUCGAAGUGUGAGCAUGAAGAAAACAUGAUGGGAUUGUUUUGGUGUGUGUUUUUUUCGUUGACUGGGUGUAGUCAAAAACAUUCAGGUCUGAAAUACCAAAACAAUUGACCUUUUUAGUGAUAAUUUCUCCUAUAUCAACUCCUCCCUUCCACAGAAAAGUGGGUACACUCCAAGAAGAGAAAGUAUGAGUUAGGAGACUUUAAACUCCCUCUCCUCUGUCAGUCUUUUCCUUUCACGUUUAAUCAGGAAGAUAACAUGUGGAGACGUCAAGAAGUCUCCUCCUGACCGGAAAUAUCUGGGAAUAUAAUAAGCUUUUUUAUUUCUCCCAUAGGGAUGGAGUCUGUCUGUGUGACUCUUCACUUUUACCCCAUAGGUUAUCUCUCUGAACCCUGGGAUUUACUCCCAACACCCAAAAAAAUAUUAGAAAUGAAUUACAAAAUUACACAAUCUAUUUGUAGAAAAUGUGAGUGGGAUUGAAAAACAGUCUGUUAAAUUUGGCAUCACUUUUCAGUUUAGUUUGGAUCAGAGUGACGUAAAAAGUAUGAAAAGUUUUGGAAACAGGUUUCACCUCAAAGGUUCAGCCCCAUGCCUCCUGUGCUGCUGGUGCUGCUCCAAGCCUGUGAUUUUAUUCUUUUUGCAUUUUGUCUUUUUGUUUCCAGUUUGAGUUUAGUUUUCCUAACUUUCAGGCUGAAUUUCUAGUGUAACAUAAGAUCACUAUUGCAUCAACAUCAGGUGGAUCUGUGCUGAACAGAGGGCACUUAUGAUGGAUCAGGACUAGGGCUGGGCGGUAUGGAAUAAAGUUUAUCAUGAUAUGUUUUUUUCAUAUAAGUCGAUAUCGAUAUAUAUCACGAUAUAGAAAAAUAAAUAAAUCACUUGUCAAUCUGAAAUGUUCCCUGUUACUCUCAAAUGAAAUUUAACAGUCCUUGCUGGUAACAUGUCUUUUGUUAUACAAUAAGCUACUGCAUCUGUGAGGUCUUUGGGUCUCCUCGACGUUUUGUCGUAAGGCGUUGCGCUAGAGAAAGUGGACUGAAUGGUCAGUUCAUUGCGGCGCAGACCUGGAGCAACUCCCCUUUUCAUUAGCUAUUUGUAUAGUCUACCAAAACAUGGCAGAAUGCCGGCUAUCAAAAAGCAUUUUGACCAUGUUUCAUAUUGAUAUCUAGGGAAUUAUAUAGGGAAUUUAAUUUUUGAUUGUUUUAUCGCCCAGCCCUAAUCAGGACUAAAGGUAAAGACAGAGACUCAACUUUUAGGUGAAAGUGAGACAUGUCCAGGUUGAUUGUCCAUGCAAAGCACCAGUUUCUUUCUCUUUCUUCAGUUAAGUCAAUGUGGAUUGCCCAUCUACAAUCCCUCUACUGCCCCAACAUCAACAUAGAUAACAGGCUAAUCUUUCCAGAUCAUCAGAAAGAGUGGAGUGUCUUUACUGUAGUCAGAGUACAAACAGUCGAUGAAGAACAAAAAGUUGUCCCUGUCCUGGACCAAAGUUUCACCCCUACAAGGUCCAGAAGUAUCAGAACCUGGGCUUAAAAAAAACAUGGACCAAAUGAAACAUUAGAAAUAAUCAACUUCUCAGUUUAAUAAGGGUUUGAGGUUAAAGGGAGUGAAGUUAAAAAAAAAGCAGCUUAAUAUCAGGGCAAACAUUCUUUUCCCGAUAAACAGAACACCACAACAGGAAGUCAGCUCCCCUCCUGUCAGUGGGGGGGUGAGGGCAGCAGGGUUAGUGAGGAUGAAUGGAUGAAGGUGACGGCUCCUCUGGAUGUUUGUGCUGUAAACAAACCUUCACAGGCUCUCUGUCUCCAUCAGCAUGGCUUCAUAUUUCUGUUCUGCUGAAGAGGGAACACAAACAGCCGCUGCUUUACGAGCUGCAGGGGUCUGUGCCAACGUGUGUGUGUGUGUGUGUGUGUGUGUGUGUGUGUGUGUGUGUGUGUGUGUGUGUGUGUGUGUGUGUGUGUGUGUGUGUGUGUGUGUGACAUCACCACCGGAUACACACACACCAACCGGAGCACCACUGCCACAUGUAAAUACAAACAGGUUUACAGUGCAUCCAAGCAUGUAGGAAGAAAAACACAUGUUCACACAUACACACACACACACACACACACACACACACACACACAUUCAUGUUGGGGUGAAUGUUUAUGGAACUCUACUGGAAUAAGAAACUUCCUCUAACAUGUGGAGGCUGCUGAUCAGGAGCUCACACACUUCACUACAAGGACCCUAUUCAUGUUCCCCACCUUGAAUCGGUGUGUGUGUGUGUGUGUGUGUGUGUGUGUGUGUGUGUGUGUGUGUGUGUUUGUGUGUCGUUAUGGGAAAUCACUCCUCAACAAGUGCCGGUAAAUCUGGGCUUUGGCUGCCCGGUUUGUCCGCUUUAAAAAUCAAAGAAACCAGAACCUAAAAUCACAACUCCGAUAUGUAAAGACAUGAGUUUAAUCUCUUCUCUGAAACCUGUGCUGUUGCAGCAUUUAUACCAUGAAGGUUUAAGAUGUUAGAUGUUCAAAAUACACAUUUCAAUAACUCCAUUAUAAUAACAUCAUUUCGGUACUGGAGGAGCAGCUGCCUGCCUGUGCUAAAAUGAGCAAUAUGGAUCAUCUUGUAACUUUAAAGUCCACAGAUAUAAACUGCAAGUAUUUGGAGAAAAAAUCCCAUCUGCCAGAUGUUUCAGCGCUCUCAGCCUGUCGCCUUUUUUCUGUUGUCAUGGAAAUCAUCAUCUAUCCAAGUCGACCACAUAUUGAGUUUUUUUAUUAGGUCAUAUUUGGGGAAACACAUCUAAAAUCUGGUUAAGAACCUCUGAAAAAGCUAGUUCUCCAACUUUAAUAUCAGCAGAUUUUCCUGUAAAUUAGUUUUUCUCCCGACCGGAUCCUUGAGUGAGACACCGUGUCGUAAUAUAACCUGUAAAAUUACAUCCUGAUUUUCAUCAGAAGUGCAGAAAUAGAAAACUAAUAGUUUAUUUUCUGUCUCCUCUAUCUCUCUUUAUUUCCUUACUUACUUCCUUUCUCUCUCUGCCCUUCAAUCCUCUCAUGACGUCUAUUUUUUUCAUCUUUUCUAUUCAUUUCUUUGUCCAGGAACAUGAUCAAGUCUUUCUACACGGCCAGCCUGCUGUUGGAGGUCCUGUCUGUCUUUGGGGAGCUGUCAGAGGAGGUAAGACAAAGAAUAUGCCAGAAAACAACGUCUGCAAACUCUCCUUAAAGGUAUACAAUCAAAAUCAAACUCAAAAUCUAGUUUAUUGUUUGAUGGGUUAAAGUGUACAAGGAAUUAGUGUUGGUGAGCUUUCUAUUUUAGCACUUGACAUUAAACUAAUACAGCACUUUUACACAGAGUCACAAUGACGGAUUGGAAGUUUAAACCUUGACAAACCAACACAAAAAAAACAAAAUUAGAUAUUUUUGCUUCUUAAACAGUGCUGAUUAAAACACAGCAGUUAGCAGUGAAAUGCAGAUGCAACAAAUGCAGCAACAUCAGGAGACAAGAAGAACAUUUUAUCUGCCUUUAAAUAUGUUAAAAAGAUUAUUAAAAGGAUGUUUUUGGUACACACACGCACGCACGCACACUCACUCACUCAUGUCUAUAUAAUCGUCUGACACUCUGCAGAUCUGUCCCCACAUUGUGCGCGAGUCACCAGAAGCCAUUAAAACAUCAACAGAACACUUACAGUUAGCCGUCGCUCUGAGUGUGGCUUGACGGACACGCACUCACACACACUCACAGACACACUCAGUGUCACACAAAGAGUCCUCAGAGCGGCCUGCGGACAGUCAGUCAGCAGUGAUUGAGUUUCAGGCAGUAAAAAGGAGGUUUUCAGCAGCUUCUGACCGAGCGGAGAGCAGUCAGUGAUCGGGCGUGUUGGCGCUCUGUUACAUAAGACUGUCGCCCAUCAAGAGCUCUUGUUCUCAGUCAGAGAGAGGAGGAGAAACCAGCUUAUAGGAGACUCUCUGAAUAACAAACUAAAUCCCUGAUCCUGACCUCUGACCCACCUGCUAGAGGGAGAGAUGUAGAUUUCCUUACAGGAGUUUAAACCCUGAUAUCCUAAGUAUGGUUUCGUCCACUUUGUUCUGUCUGGCCUUGGGGAAAAGCAGCUCAUUCCUGACAAUAUGAUUUUUAACACUGCAGUACUCGAGUAAACAUUUGAUGAACAUUACACCACCCACACAGGCUUGCUGCAGCAUUAAAACAGGUAGGAACACAUUUGCUCCUUCAGUGGUUAAAUUGUCCGUUUAUUUCUGGCUGUAGCCCACAGUACCAUGUUAUCAACCCUGUGUUCCAGCAGAAAGACAUGUAUGGAUUGAUGAAUUGUUUACCAAGACUGUCCUGCUCUGAAUCACUGCAGACAAUAGCGGAGUUCACCAUCUGUCUCAUUGCUACAAUUGGUACUAUCUCUCUCCGCCAUGAGUCAGUCAGCCCUGACAGGGACAAUGUCUGACUCGACACGGGUUUUGUCUUGAUGGUAAACAGCCCAAGGAAAGGUCAGAUACUGGUGAAGUGCAGCAAAUCGCCCAUCAUUAUCGAGAAUCUGUGAUCGUAAUGAAAGAAACCCUAGAUUCUGGGGGUUUAACAAUUCAUUCAUGUCAUUUUUGAUUCCCAUAAUCCACCUGUAUGAGCAAACAGCCCCAAGACACCCCUGUAUGAUGUCAAUGAGCCAUAAUUGUCUUGCAUUUCUUCAAUUUUGUCAAUGCUGAGAGACUGUGGUUUGAUAUUAAUGGCCACAUUCUGUGUGUGAUGGCUGAUGGCAACAUAAUUUUUGAGUCUUUAAGUGUGGACACAUUUUGGCUUUUGUUAAAGUGGAGGUGUCCUUGAUAAAUGAGGAGCUGUUUUCAGAGUAUGUCGAGGUGAAGUUAAAUACACCAGCAACGCAACCAGUCUUUUCAUAGUAUUUACAUCAAAUGCCAAACUACCACCUCUGUUCCCAUAGUAACAGCAGUGCCAUCUGCCCCCAGCCUUGGGGUGUAACUUGUCGCUAAAGGCAGAUCCAUUAUGUUUAACUUGUUGAAUACUAUUACAACUCAACACAUUUAAAAUCCUACAAGAUCGAUUCAACAAACCUUUUGACCCUAGUCUAAUGGAUCCAGUUUAAAAACAGCUUGUAAACCCAAAUCUAACACAAAUAUUCCUUAUGUGCAGAUGUCAAAUUCAAGUGUUGUAUCCCUUUUUAGCAUUUUAAUUUACAUUUAAAUUGUUAAGAGUGUAAUAUUUUUAACAAAGUGGAAUCCUCAGUCCCAGAUUUGGGUCAUCAGGGGCCUCUCUUCCCUCGUAAUUUGAUGUUUUACUAAGUUUUUUUGUGAAAAUACCUCUUGGUGAGUCAGUUUUACAGUGAAAUGUUUUCACUGUGACUUCAAGGGGUAUGGUCCUCCAUGGCGUGAUAGAAUAUCACAGACGUGUUUUUCCAGUGAUCGGGAUUGACCUCCAUUAGUCACUCGUUUUUUUAAUGGCGGGACUGGGGCUAAACAAACAGCCUGCGCUCCAAUAUGCCAUUGUUUCUGAAAACAUGGCACUUAUCUGGAAAAAGCAGGGACUUCUCCAUUCAUUCUUAUCAGCUGCCCUCCCCUCACUCUGCCUCUUCAGCAUUUUCACCCUUCAACAUCCUUCUCAACCCCAAUUAACCCACUGAUACCACAACCUUCUCACUGUGUAUGCGAGUUUCAAAAGUCCAUAUCUUUAGGUCAUAUUUUUAAUCACACUUGAAACCAUAAAGAAUUCGAAAAAAAGUUUGUAAGCAGUUUUUAUUAGUGUCUUCAUUUGGAAUUUCAUUUUCAUUUUCAUCCCUGGUUAAUCUUAUGGUUAGUCUGAUUGACUGCACAUGUAUGCUUAGCUCAAAGGCGUACUUAGACCUUGAAGUGUUCUGGCGAUAUUUUAACUGGUUUGACUAAAAAGUGCAGAUUACUUUUCGACUUAUCAAUGUCUUUUUUUUAUGUAAAACAUGCCACUCAAAAGUGCAGUGGGUUCAUUGUUUUGGGCCACAUCUCUGGCUCCAAAACUACAGUGUGCUGCUCAUAAACCAAGUCCUUCCACUUUCUCCAACCUCAGAUUAUUCAAUCAAUCUGACAUACAGAGCCAACAUAUAGACCUGUCCUUGUUCACCUCCAUCAGGUGCUCUCAGGUGUCAUAACAUUGACUGAACAUGUCCUCCAUUUUUUAUAGAAAGACAUCAGUGUGUCCCUAACGCCCAUCAUAACCUUGACUGUGUUCCAUAACUAUUCACCAGAGACCAAACCUCCACUUCUAAGCCCUAACCCCCUAGAGUCAGCCAACCAUCAUUACCUACAUAUUUUGACCCUUUCUCCUCUUAACCUAGCUUGUAAAAUGACCAAUAACCCAAAUGUCUCUCUCUCUUAAUCAACUUCCACAAGAACAUCCAGCACAGGAAGUACGCCCGCUGGAAGGCCACCUACAUCCACAACUGUCUGAAGAACGGAGAGACGCCUGAGUCUGGGCCUGUGGGCAUGGGCGAGGAUGAGGAAGCAGGUGGGACACACUGAUAUCCCAUUGGGACACACACCUACAUAAACACACCCCUCUCUGAGCUCUGUGUUAUGAAACCAUUUUCCCAGUCCCUGAGUUUGCUCUUUAAAGAACACUGAGGUGAACUUCCUUUACUGGCAUGGUUUGGUCUUUGUCUAGGUGUGUGUAAGGGUGGCUGUGUGUGCAUAAACCAAGUUGCGGUCUGUAUUGUGUUCCUUAUCAAAUCCCAGAGUGUUACAGGAAAGCCCUGGAGUACAAAACCAGAGACUCAGGAGAUAAGAAGUGUCCAGAGAGAAGAUUAGUCAUGUAAUGUGUUCCCUUGUCGGAAUUAGACUCGGGUUUGUGUGAAUAAAAUAGAAUUAUAAUAGGCAAUAUAGAAAAAGAUUCUGAAAGCUGCAAAAAAUAGAAAUCAAAAUUAAAAUGAACCAGUUUUUCCAGAUCUGGCUGGUACUGAAGUCCUGUAAUCUUAGAAAUGUUCUUUAGGUGACAGUAGGUCAACUCUGUAAUCAUCUUUAUUUGGUUUUGAUAAUUCAGGUCUGAGUCCAUAACUACACCCAGAUUUCUUGCUUAGUCAGUCCUUUUCAACUGUAAUGUCUCAAACUGCUGACUAUCCUUUUUUGCUGCAACAUGUAGAUGUUUAACAGAAGAGGCCCCAGGAUGGUGCCUUGGGGGACACCCAAUGUUAUCAACCCAAACAUGAUUGGUUUUAAGUUUAUUAUAUGCACCUGAAAUGAGCAGUAUUUGGAUUUGAUGUUUGACUAAUAUGGAUAAACCCAAAUGGUUCAUAUCCCCAGAGUGAAAUGAUGUAAAAGUUCCCUGAGUAUCCCUAGUCUUAGCCUGAACUCUGAUGGGUGACGAUAUAAAGUUUCUGAAAGAGGUGUUUUAAAAAGCGGCAGUAUUCAGGAAAAACUUCAAAAGCUGGGAAGUAAUUUGCAUAAGCUGUUAAAAGCCAUUUUCAGCAUUUCUUUGAUGUUGCAUUUACCAGUGUGUGUAAUUACGUGGGAAUAAAAGACACUGAGGUCAGCUGAAGGAUAUUUGCUGUUUGUUUUGGUCAAAUCAAACUCAAAGCAGACACCAAGAUAAAUUACAACCUGCCAAGAGACAAAAGCUUUGAGAAAAAUGCUCCAACAGCAGACACUUUAAUUAAGAGCCUCUAAUCUGUCACAUAUCUCCUGCUGCUAAAAUAUUGAACUAUAGGAAGGAACAGCUCCCUUCACAGCCAGAGAAAAAGGUUAGAUUCCUGUCCUACUUUCCCCACAGUUCAAGUUGAGACUUCUUGAACUUUAGCCGUUUUGUUGUCCAAUUCACUGGGUCAAUCUGUUAAGGAUCUGGAGGUGUUUUCCGGAGCUUUCUUUCUCCUAAAGGUUAAGUUCUAUGGUGGAAGUCUGACAUCGGAGGGCCAGAGCUUUUCAAUGGGAAAAAGGUCAGAGACUCAGUCGAUUCAGGCUGGAUAUGAGGAGAGCAGAGAAUAAUAAAACAAAUACCAGCACAGUCUCACACAUUAACACACAGGGUGGGAACACACAGACUGAGGCUCACAGAAAACCAUGAUACCAAGAACCAGGGUUAGACUAAACUCCACAGCCCAGAUACAAAGACACAUCCAAAUACAAGCAAUAAAACUGAGCGCAAAUGAGUCAAACAAACACGACUAAAUACUGAUCACACAAUUAAAAAAACAUCUAAACCACAUAGUGCAAAACAUUACCAUCAUUUACUGAUUACAUAUCACCUAUUGGAUGUCCAAAAGUAAUAAAACAAACCAACGGCAAAUCUCUUGAGCUCUAACUGCAUCUUUAAAACAAAAAACUAAAUCUAGGUUUUGCUGUUGCAAAGUCAAAAAGAAGCAAACCAGUGUUUUACAAGCUGGAACCAGUUCACCUCUCACUUUUGUGCUCAAGCAAACAUGAACAGUUAUCAAUUACCAGGAUAAUAGUGAUUAAUUUGCUUAAUCUGUUGGUCAUAGAAGCUCUAAAGAGAACCAGAUGAGUUUUAACCUUUAAAACCACUGAGUUGUAGCUUGUAGUAUAAUUAGCAGACUUUGACGGACAGCACACCUCCUCUUGCGCUGCUCUCUGUUUGGCGAAUUUUAAGAUAAUUCCUCGAUUCCUGUGACUCAAACCACGAGUAGAUUUAUACAGGGUCACCUGGGAACCUCCAGCAUCUGGACUCAUUUUUAGAUUUCACUUUGAGGGCUGAGAUUGCGUCAGGUUCCCCUCAGGCGGGCCGGACUGUAACACAUGUUGACACGAACCCCUCCGGGCUUCCAGACGUUUCUCCUCUCCGUAGAGGGAACUCUAAACGUGCUCCUCAUGUCAGUGAACUCAUGUUGAUGAAUUCCUCAUUUAAAUAAAGACCAUCUGCUCAAACACACCCUCUAACACCUCAUACGUGUGUGUGUGUUUGACCCCGACAUCACCUGCCGGCCCAUGACAUCACUUCAGGGAAUACACAGCUGCACAUGUACAGUAAAUGUACACACGUACACACACACACAGGACAGUUUCUUUUAUAACUUUUUUAAUCCUCGUCUUCGUACGUCUUUCAAAAACAAUCACACCCUCUGAUCAUUCCUCGUCUCCCAGGAUGCUUCAGGUUUGUGUGUCAGUGACGACAUCAUGAUAACUUCUCCACAAUGAUGGAUAACACCGCCGGCUCACAGCUGAUAUCACCCACCCAGCAUGUGUGUGUGUGCCGCUGCAGGAUUGUGUUUGAGAGUUUGAGCCGGUGUGUGUUACUGUGACACAUCUGUAUCUCCAUCAGAGAGCAUUCCUCUCUGACAUAAUCACCAAGAAGGGUCACUGUCAUAAAUCCUGCCCAAACUAAAUGAUUAUGUUAGGUGGAGAUCAUUUUUCUACUCACACAGUGUUUCAUCACAGCUGCAAGUACUUUCUAAGCCAAAGGGUACAUCAUUUGGAAACCGAUGACCAGUAUAAACCCUCUCCUGCUGAGUAAAACUGGUCAGGUCUUGCCCAACAAAUGCGCCUCGGUGAAUGGAUCUGUAUCUAUUCAAUUUGUUUCCUUUUUCCAGGGGGGGAGGCGUCAGCAGUGACCCAAUGUAGAAGAGCGAAUGACAUAGUGCAUAGCAACAGCAAAUGUAAACAGACAGCUGCACGCACAGAAAAGAAACCAGUGUCAUCAGCUGGUGAAAUCUGUGGUCUUCUCAUUGAGUUCUGGAAAGUCACAAAUCUUGACAUUCAUUGUUUUAGCUUUGGGUUGUCUCACUUAACUUUCUGCAGUUCUCAAAUGCUCAUACUGCCUGCACUGUUGCACUUUGUAGUUUCUUUGUGCUAAUGUGUGCUGAACUUUGUCUAACUAUGAUCAUAGCUAAAUUAGGCGAUUUAAUUAGACUACUGUCCUUGUCUCUGUUAACAAGCACAAGGCAAGAAUCGAGUGAUUAAUUCUUAUCUUGUAUCAUGAUAUUUUGAGCAGCUUUCAACAAGUCCUAAUUGUGUUUUAAACAAGGUUUAAAAUUCAGUUGCUAAAAAUAAGUACAAAUGAUCAUGGCACUGAUCUGAAUGGAUGGGGAUGCUAUGACAAAAGCUUUCCCUUAAAGGGAUAUUCCGGCGUAAAAUUAAUUUAAGCUCAAACAAACCAUAACACAGAGUUAGACACCCCCUCGAGAGAUGAAUGUUGCCAAACACUUGCUUCUCCCGCUUGCUUCUCCACUUAUACCAACUUUAGUAACAACCACAGGAUAGUGAUACACAGCGGUCUGAAGAGCCAUAAACAAACCUCAACCAAAAUGCCACUCUAUAGCCACAAAUAAUGCUCAGAACAGCACCUAACUUCAUCAACAGUACAUACAAGGUCCCAGCCAUAGCACUAGCCACCAAACAUCCUUUUAACUUUGCCCAAUUUCUUUAGCAAAGAGACUUAACACAACUCACCUACUCUCUUCCAGCAGCCGCUUGUUUGUACGGAGACCUCAGGCCAGUCCAUUACAGACUGCUGCGGGGUGACGCAGCUCAAGGAAGAACAUUUAUGAUCAUUUUUUCAUGGAAAUGCAAUCAGACCGAGACGCUAAUGCAGAGGAACUACUGCAUCUGCAGUUCAAAAUGAUUAAUAUGGUGAUUAUUACUUAAAUUUUACGCCGGAAUAUCCCUUUAAGUCUCUUUAAGGCCACAGGUUUAACACCACCAAGGCCUAACAAUAGAUUAUUUCAUAAUUGGGUCAUGCUUCUCUGUACGUGUAGUUUUCUAAUAUAAGUAAGGCUUCUGAUGAUGUUCAGCUCUCCACAGGUGAAAAGUCCAUUUGCCCUUUAAUUUAGUCUCUGUGUUGUGAUGGACCGUCCCCUGUUAGCUGAGUAACAGCAGGCCUUACACCCUGCAGUCAUCUGAACCAGUUAAAGUGGGUUAAUUAACCUCUGGAGAACAGAAUGACUGUGACACACACACACUCAUAGACACAUAGACAUAUAGCAGUGGUGCUUACAGAAAGACCAUUGUCUCCCAGCAGCUGUAGUCCGACUUUCCAUUGGCUGGGAGGGGGGCCGUGUUUAGCAAGAGGAAAGGAAUGGAGGGAGGGGAGAAUGGAAAGAGGGGGUUUGGGGGGCAGAGAGAGAAAAAAAUAUUCAGCUCUGAGAUGUAAAAAUAUCGAGGAUGUGACCUGGUUCUGAGAGGAAAGAUGGACAGAAAGAGUCCAGUCUAUACUUUAGUCCAGAGAGUGACAAUAAAACAGUUCAACAAAAAACUUUGACAGAAACUCCAAUUCAUGAAGACCGGCUAUCUAAUAACUGAUGUGGUGAUGGACUGGCAGGUCUUUCUUUUUUCGUAUAUGUUGGAGAAAGUUCAUAGAGAAUUGCACAUCUGACAGCAGAUCUGGGCUUCUAGUCCUAGACAUAAGACUCCCAAUGUGUCUUUUUCUAGAAUCCUAACCCUAACCCUGGUUACCCGAUGAUUAAAGCGCAAAUAUUACAAGUUUUAAAAGGCUUCAAAUCAUCUUUUAGGCUUACCCUAAAAACCCUAAAAUCAUAAAAGCCAUCAUUCUGAGAGGUUUUUUUUUUUGUUUUGUUGGCAUUACUAUUUGUUAUAUUUGAUUGGUUUCACACCCAAAGUGUCCGUUAAAUAGUACAGUUGAGCAGACACUUUAAGCGGUUAAUACUUGAAACUACUUCCUGUCAUUCUGAAGAAGUCAUCCUUGUUUCCAGCAGCAGGCAGGAUGAUUCAGAGUACUCUGCCGAUGCUCCGCUGGGACCAUUAGUGAGAGUGUCCUGCCAAAGGGCACUUUUGACAAUGACUUCUGAGCCCUGCACAGUUCUGCUUUCAGUCAGUCAGACAGUCUGUGUCUGUCAGGAAACAUCCAGCUGCUCUUUAAGUUUUCCUUCAGCUGGAAAACAUCCCAGUGUAACAGGGCCUUUAGUCAGUUUUCCAUGGGUCUGGUUAAGCUCUUAUUAAUAUGCACAUUUCCAACAUGUCCUCAGAGUCAAGGAUAACUGUGCUGACCUGAACUGUCGAGAUACCUGCCAACAUGUGACACCUCCUCCCAAACCCUCACAGUGUCUGAUGUCUAGCUGACAUCUUAGAAACAUGACGAAGGAAAGGUUUUUGUGUUAUGUAAUGUUAGAUAGAGGCUUUAAAACUUCCAAUAAUCCAUGCAUUUGCUUUGAUAACCAAGGGAGUGGGCAGAGAACACUAUUUGUCAUAUCAUUUGUUGUCCACCGUAAUUGCAAUCCUUAAUUUGAACAGCAUAAUGCAAAGAGACAUUUGUCCUUACCUCCUAUACUUGUGGCUAGGGCUUGGCAAUAUGGCCUCAAAUCAAUAUCACGAUACAUUGAGCAGUUCACUUCGAUAACGAUAAAUGGACAAUAACUACUCCACAAGCUGCUCACCCCCUGCCACAUUAACUUUGUCUACUUCAGACGCCGCUCCAGCAGCUGCAACUUUUGAACCGUCCUCCAUCUCCUCACCUGUCUUUCCCUCUUUGCUACAGACUGGAUGGGGUGGUGUUACGUCUCUGACGUAGGACAGCGUCUUAAAGGGACAUGAGACCAUAGCCUACCUACACACAUCUGAAACCAACUUUUGUUUAUUUAUUUAUUUUGACACCAAUUAUUUUGGCAUGGGCAAAAUGACGUCGGUUAUUGCCGUAAAUUCCGGUAUUAGUAAAUUUUCUGUUUAUCACCCAGCCCUACUUGUGGUCUUGGUUUAACAUUAGCUAUAGCACAAUGGUGUCAUGAACAUAUACACUAAAUGUUUUAAACAAGACGUUGAAAGCAUCAUGACAAAGGAGGAAAAAAACACAAUAAAAAUAAAGAUAUUUAAAUUAAAAGCUCCCAUAAACAGCAGAUUAAUAUCUCUAAGGGCCAGUUUCUCUGGCUGUUUUAAGAACGACUCAGCAGGAUUAUGUCAGAACCAUAAUCCAAAUCCAUUACCAAACUCUCCCAAACAAACAUUUUUCAAACUGAAUUAAUACCAUUCAGCCAAUGACAUUAAUUUUAAAUUGUGUAAUCAGCUGUUUGAUGCCCAUGAUGUCACUGAAAUCACUGCCUAAUGUCUAGUUUUCUGAAGUGCCCUGAUUGUGUUUCUAACCUAAAAAUGAAGUGGUGGUUUGUGGCUCAGAUGUGUACUCAGGGAAAUGAACAUAAUCGUUUCUUAACCCUCUCUGGCCAGACAGAUUUGGACAGUUUAAUGAAAGUCAAAUGUUCCAGGCUGAUAUUAGUGAGGUGUCAGAUCUCUUCCUGUCUAUGAUGCCGUAAUGACAUGAGGUUUGAGUCGAACACGGUGUCAGAUAUAGCGGGUGUCUGCACAUCCAGACUAAUGGCUCUAAUGUGUCCAAAGACUCUCUGGCUGUGAAGAUGUGUUUUCUUUAUGCUUAGGUGUGGUUGCUGAGAGAGGCCAAGAUUUCAACACAAGGCUCAUGUUCAGGAAAAAAAAAACACUGCAGAGGUUAUCUUUUGUUCUCUGCUUUUUCAUUCGUUACAGGCUUCAAGUUUGAAUCUUUUAACCUGUACUGUUAUUUUCCUAAAUAUCAAGAUUUCAAUGUGUAGCUUAUUUGCAGUCUAAGUAGUAUUGACUAAUCAGGUAUAAUCAGGCGUUUGUGUUUUCAGGAAAAACAGUGUACUUUGUUCCCAAUCCAACAAUAGAUGCAUAUUGCAGUAAAGACCGUCAGCUUUUAGAUUGCCUGACUCCCUUGAAUGCGGCAGAAAUGACAGAUCUGACCUCCACUCAGAAGAUUUGAUCAUAGUAAUUUACAGUUCACAAAAAGAAGAUUUAACUGAGUGAAAGUGUCCUUCACCGCUGAUCCGGUCACCAUCAGUCCUGCUGGACUCAGUGAAAACACCUGAUGUAUUUUUCCAUCCAAACCAAUAUCUGAUUGAAAACCUCUGAAUGUGAUUUAUUCCAUUUCUGACCUUACAGUCCAAUCUCAGUCUCAUGAAUCCUGAUCGCUCCAUCUAAACUCAUUCUGAGUUCCCCCAUCACCUGAUGGGCUUUGUGAUUGAGACGCAGUGAGGCUAACAGAUUUAGGGUCCCACUUUCACUAAAAAUCUGAUUCUGCAGAAGCACUGUUUCAUUUACACAGAUUAAUAUCUCAUUUAGUUUAAAGCCCUGAAGUCUCCUGUGUUUUAAAUUUGAAUGAAUCAGAAAACGGCAAUAAAGACUCAAACAUCAGCCUCUUUUAUUUCCUGAGGGAAUUUAUCACUAUCAUUUGUAGUUUAUAGAAGUUAAGUCAGCGGAUUAGAUUUCUCUCAAAACACAGCCUGAAAACCCAAAUGUCUCUCAGUAAUUUACAUCUUUGAUCUAUAGUGAGGCACAGGGACUACCCUGAAGACUGGAUCUGUAAGCAGUUUUUGAGGCCUACUUGCUUCCUCACAUAUGGAUGUCUUACAUACCAAAAUACCUCAGCUUUGUAUGAUUCAAGGGUUCUGGCCCAAACUGCAUUCAUGUGACUUGUUCGAAGUUUUCUCCUUUUCCCAAAGUCCCGGUCCUUCAAAGUGUUUAAUUGAGCUUUUGAACUGGUUGUAAAUAUAAAAAAAACAUCCUUUAGUUUUGGUUUUUGUAAUCUUCCAUCAACUAACAUCCUUGAUCUUUUCCACAGAUGAGUUCAGAGCUGAAGGGUUCUCAAAUCAGGGCUUCUCCCAUGGAGGCUCCAUCAGAGCAGGACCUCCUUCAGACACCUAUGAGAGCAACGACCAAAGUCUGGGUCCGGGUUCUGCCCCAGGGAUAGGGUUCACCCCCAGUCCAGGACCAGGAGCAUCUGGACCCCCCAACACCAACUAUAACAACAUCCAUAUCCCACCAGGAGCCCAUGCACCAGCCAACACUCCAGCUGAGGUGCCUCCACCCUCAGGUGAGAAACACUGGUGGUCUGUUUGUGACAAACUUGCGCCUCAAAUAACUCAUGUACUGUGAUCAUGAAAAAGCCCUCAGUGAAAUAGAGACCUAAAGAGAGAGCUGUUAAUAUCCCCAUGUACCAGUGUUUUCAGACAUACAGAGCUGGAGCUGUCCAAGCAUAGUAAAAAUCCACCUGCUGCCAAGACGUUAGUUUUCAUCAUUUUCUCUAUCUCCCCCGGGACAAAAGUUACAGUAAAGAUUCACUUCUUUUUAAAAUCAACAAAUGAGUGUAUUUUUUGGAGCUUUUGUUGCACCACACAGCAGCAAAAAAAAAAAAAAUGGGAAAAGAAAAUAAAUCAGUGCAGAAAUGAGUGAGACUUCACAGACUCAGAGCUGAGUGAAAGAGGCAUCAACCAAACUGAAGAAAACAGACGUCAGACGGUGCUGAGUGAAGGUUAAGGACUGGUUAAGUGAAAAAAAAAUGUCAACAGACUUUAGAAGGUACAGGAAAGAGGACUUGGAUCUGGUGCUGUGGUCAUUUUAUGCACUGAGUCAGAUUGCCAAUUAAACACCAAUAUUGUGACUCAUGAGACAAAUCUCCUCAGACUUCCUCUAUGGUACCUCCUGGAAUGAAAUGGCAUCGAUUCACUCAUCAUUUAUUUUCAGAUUUCUUUUUUAAAACAUCACCGCCUUCAGUAAGUGGUUUUAAAUUAAAUAUUAAUAGUCACAAAGUUUAAAUUCCAGUACAUGAAUCAUCAAAAAUCAAAGUGAUGGUUCAUUUUGAGAUUGAACUCUCAUUGUGAGGACCCUGUAGUUCACACUCUGUCUAUCUGGAUCAGUACCUCCUCAAGAAAAGGGUCCCAGCUGUGACUCAUUUACUGACUCUAUCUGAGACUCUGUGGAGAUCCGGGUGUGUCUGUGAUAACGCUGUUAGACCAGGGCUCAGUCUAACCGCGUUUCCAGCUCCUCAUUGUUCUCUGCUUAUUAAUCGCCUGAGCUCAACCACACAGUCUGUCAUCCCUCUUUUCUCGCUAAUUUCCCCUGAUAACACUCAGUACGUGACAGCCUUACAGCUCUCUGGUAUUCAAUAACACACCUUCCUGAGAGACUCCCUCCCUCACUCCUCGAUGAGUGCAGUGAGUUUGUGUGUGUGUGUAUGUGAGAGAGAGAGAGUUUGAGGCGUUGAACUUGUGUAAAUAUUUGCAGAUGUCCUCAUGAGGGUACAAAAACCUCCAAAAUGAGGAUGUUCGAUCUUAUCUGUAGGCAGAUGUAACUCCUACGAUAAUGACCGAAAUGUGGACGUAUGGAUUUUUAUUUUUACUCUCCGGUGUUUUUAAUUGUUCCCCUGUGACAAAGACAAAGAUGGUUAUGUAAUGAAUUGUGUUCAGGGUGAGAGGAAGUUUACUUUUUGUUCAGGCACAGAGCACGAAACAAAGCUUCAGUGUGUGUGUGUGUGAUUUACACGCAAACAUGAAAUCAGCUGAGGUGGUUUAAAGUCACACAAACUGGCUGGCAGCACAAACACAAACACACUCUUUUCCCACACACACUCAUAUUGUGUUCAGAAUUUUAUCAGCAAAAAGAGGAAGUGAUAACGCGAACAGAGUGACAGGGGUUCAAGUCCAAUUCUACACUAGGUGUGUGCGUGAUCACAGUGUGAUAGUUUGAGUGUGUGGGAAACAAACAGAUCAGUCUGCCAAUUACUUUUACAUUUUUCACCAUAUGUGAAAAUGAGUGUUUAACAAGAGUCUAUUAAUUCAUCUGAAGGCUGUUAAAAACUCUCUUUUACUGUUAAUGAACUGACUAUGAACCAGACAAGGUGUUCAAAAACACUCAUGGAGAUGAGUCACUCUCCUUUAUACUGAAAAAUCUCUGCAGUUCACUUUCUCUCUUCUUUUUCUUUAACCUGUAAAGUUGGACCUUUUCUCAAAUUCAUCAACAGGGCAUCUGCAAGGACUUCAAAGUAUUAAAGUCACCAAAUCAAUUAAGAGAAGUCGGAACAAAGCAUGAAAUAUUUAUAUAAUGUGAGUUAUAUAACAUUAAAAAAGUUUAAAGUUGGUGUGUUUUUACUUGAGUUUGUUGGCGUCAGUCUCACCCUGAAAUCCUGUGUUUGGUAAAAUCCUGAUGAAUUUGACGCCAUGUCUUUAAAGGGUCAAAAGUUCCAAGUUUAACAGGAGUGAUACUGAGUGAUUGAAGACAACCCACUAAACUGGAAUAAUAAACAAUUUAACUUUAUCUUGUUUUGUAACAACACAGAAGUCACAAACUAAAGGCUGUUAAGUUUUGCAGCUGUUUUAAAACCUGUCUAUUAAUCUAUUAAAUUCUAUUUUCCUGCUGUGUUGCUUCAGGUUUCCUACUUCUACCCUGAUGAAGUCGUAAAUAAUCAUAAUCCUCCAGCUGAAAAAGUGUUCUAAGAGUUUAGUCACUCAUAAAUUGAUGUUGAGUUCUGUGUAUUUGAAUAUUUAUCAUAAUCCAGAGUUUUUUUUUGUUGGCCAGCAGAACCUGUCAAACCCGUGCCUGUCCCCCGAUCUCUGCCCUCUGUGGACCCCACACUGCUCAACGCACAGCAGCAGGGUAAGAACACACAUACACAUGAGCAUACACAAGAACACACUCACACAGACCACACUUGAUGAACGUUGUGUCUUUGCUGUCUCUCUCAGUAAUCCCCUGAAGCUGAUCAGACAGCUGCAGCUCACUCAGAAACUAAUAAAAGUUAAUAUUCUCCUCCAGUCGUCUGAUCUCUGCUGAGGUUUCCACUUUAGUAUGAAUUUGAUUUAAACACUCUACUUAGUGAAAAGUGUCUCCUCAGUUUAGGGCCAAAAACCAUUUCAUAUAAGUCCUCAAGCCUCUGUGGUCUAUGUGGGACCGCUCUGAUAUUAGAGUCAAAACAUAAAAAUGAUUUUCAGAGCUGGAAUAAAUCCUGGGACCGACCCUGACGUGUAAAUCCAGAUUUAAUGUCUAUAUGUCCUCUGUUGGCUGUCGAACACUUUUUAUCACUGCUCUUUAAGUCAUUUUUCAAUUAACUCUGUUCUUAUAUGCCCAUAUGUUAAACCAUCAGACAUAUCAGUGCUCUUUUAAUAUAAAAUCAGUUAGAGCAGAAAAAACGCAGAAACAAAAAGCUGUAUUUUCACAAGUUUUCCUCAUUGCAGAUCAAGAUGUUUCAGUCUGUAUAUUUACGAGAUGUUUAAAAGCAGAGACACUUUUCUAUUUCUGACCAUCGAGACGGAUCUUUCUGCUGGAGACAGAUUUAUUUCAUUCAGGGCAACAUUUCAGAAACAUUACUGUCUCUGGAAAACUAAAUAACAGUAAAUAAAACAGGAUGCCGACAUAAAAACACACACAAUGGGUCUCCAGAGCUUUAUGUAAUUAACAUUCAAUAUUUUAAAAACUGUCAGUUAAUCUUUAAACUGACAAAAAAAAACAAAAAAACAUUUAAAAUAGAUCAAAUAAAAUGAGGCAUGAAUGCACAAAAGAAAAGUUUAAAACUUUUCAGAUUUUUAGGUCAGAAUAGUUUCUUUUAUUUCAAAUACUUCAUCCCACUUCAAAAUCAUUGCCUUGUUUCUAUUGUUUAUAACCCACAAACCCUAUAAAACUCAUUUAAAUUAGCAGCUUUACCACAAUAAAUAACAUAAAAAUAUUCAAAGGGAGGAAAUAAGUUUCAUGUUCAAUUAAUUUACCAUAUUUUUUGGGCAAUAUGGCGCUAUGAAUUAACGUGUCUAUGUUCACACGCAAGGCGCACCGGAUUGUAAGGCGCAUUAAGCAAAACAACGCAGUCUGGUAAAUCAAACUAUUUAACUCGGUUGUAACAACAAAUACCAAUACAGAAAUAUAUGCUAAUUUAUUGAUUCAUUCCUCUUCCACAAAUCCAUCAAAUUCUUCAUCUUCAGUGUCUGAGUUUAACAGCUGUGCGAUUUCAGCAUCAAGCAUGCUUGGAUCCCUCUCGUCAUUUUCCAAGUCAGUCUCGUUGCUGUUACCGGUACUUGGCUGUUCAGUGAUGAUUCCAGCUUUUGUGAAAGCUCAGACGACAGUUACUGUAAUGCUCAGAAUAUCCAUUGAGUGGAGCGGCUUUGUUGCUUACCGAAGUCGUACUUACACAUUUCGACAGAUUUUUGAGCACAUGGUACCACAUAAAAUCGGUCUGUAAGCAUAAGUAAUCAUACAUAGGAGCACUGGAUUAUAAGGCGCACUGUCAAUUUUUGAGAAAAUUUAAGGAUUUUAAGUGCGCCUUGUCCGAAAAAUACGGUCGGUGUUUUUAAUGAGUCUCCAUCCAAAGCAUUCGGCUCUCUUUGUGUCUGUUUAGGUGGUUUAACUGUGAUUUUUUAUCACAUUAAAACCACAUGAAUCGUGUUUCUUUUGUGAGAUUUUAAAUCCGUGUAAUAUCAUUUCAAACAUUUAAAAUAACCAGAGAAACAGCUGAAAAGGCGACAUUCUGAGACAUGGUGGAGAUUUUUGAUUCAGUCAUCCAUCUGACUUUAAACCCGUCAUUACAACCACACCAUCUACACCGCCGCCGCCUCACCGCUGUCUAGACUGACAUCAGCUCCUGAUGGUUAACCGCAGAGAGAGAGGAAAGCUGCGAGAACAUGAGUAUAUAAUAAAGUGGUCGGCAGCGGCUCAGGUGGUCAGUGAGGAUGUCCACAGGUUUGAUUCCGGUGUAAAACUAACGCUGACACAUCUGAGGGUCUGAAGGACAAAUAGGUUCAAACAAAGCUGGAUCAGAACUGGUCUGGAGAUUCAGGAGUCAAACCAGAACAGAGCGUAGACAGCUGAGUGGUUUCUGAUCAAACUCAUGAUUGUUCUUUCAUGUGACUCCCCUCCGUGUGGUCCCUCAGAAGCAGAUCUCUUACAAUCAUUUCAGACCUUCUCUAGUCUCUUUUUCUCUUUCCACCCCUCUGAAGCCUGUCCCAUCUCUGGGAGUUUUGCAGUCAGCAUAUUUCAGGUCUUUUCCAUCUUUUUGUAGCAGAGAAAUCAGCCGAGGGAUCGGAGGAUUAUGGUGCCACAUUAUUCAAUCAUUGUUUCUCCUGGGCACUUUAAAAGCAGACGACUGUGUUUUAUGGGUGAACCUGAGCCAAGAGAGACAUUAUCUGCUCCUCUGGCUCUCUAAGUGAGGUCCUAUCAUACUAACGCUGGAUAAGAGGAAUAAUUGACUGUCAUUAUUGUUAUUAUUUCAUAUGAUCAACAUUAAUUCAGUUAAGAAGAUGAGUCUGUGUGGCUCUGUAGAAUUAUUUCUCCAGCUGUGUGCAAGAAGAGUCAAGUUUUUCAUGACUUAAUGCUCAAAUACACCAAAGGACAAACAUCAUCUUAAUGGUUUUCUCCUGUACACCCUCUGCUCCACAAGUUUACUCUUGUUUCCCACGAAAUCAGAGUUUUUCACUUCGACCUGAGGAGCAAAGAAACACUGACAAUCAGUAAGUUGGAUAGUUUCUACAGCCUGGAUCUCUGAGCAGCUUUACGAUGGGGUCUCUGCUCUUUAUAAUGAUGAUCCCUGCUUUCCUAUAUCAUACACCGGGGUCCUCUGUGUUAUAGAGGGUGUAUAUAUUCUAUAGUGUUACACCCACUAUAAGGAAGAUGGAGGAUAGGCUUAAAUACAGCCCACAGGGGACUCUGAGGGUGGAGGGCUGAGAGAGAAACAAGCUGCAGAAACAGAAAGAAGAAACUCUUCACAGAAAAGUUAUUUUCAGACAACACAGAGCCAGAAACAGCAAAGACUGCACGUGUUUUCAUUAAUUUUAUCUCCAAACAACAAAAUAAUUUAACCAAACAGAAUCAUUUCAGACACUGAGAAACAGGACACUGAAUCAGUCUCACUGUCAGGACUGUCAGGUUGUUUUAAAUUCAUGUCGCAGUUUAUGUUCUUUGGGAGUGAAAGACAAACUUUAUCUGAUUAUGUCUGAAAGCAAAUAAAUAUUCUGAAACGUUCCCCCAAAGAGAGUUUAAUAAGCAGAGCCAGAUCACAGUGUUUCCAAAGAUCUACAGAUUGGGAGGUUGUUGCAUCACUUACAAAGUUUUUACUGUUCACGCUUAGAUGGAGACCAACAGGUUAGUACACAACGUUUUUUCUCUGUUUUUAUCUCUGCACUUAAAAACAUUAUUGAAGGUGUACUUUGGCUUUAAGGUCCCAUCUGUUAACAUGGAGAAGGUGGGCUUUAUGAUUGAUACGACAGCCAGCCAGGAGGGAGAGCUCCAAAUAUUUUGGGCUUCACCUUUAAGGGGUCAUCAUGUCAACAUGGUUUUUAUUUUUAUUUUAUUUUAUUAUUCUUUUUUUUAUUAUUUAACAACAAAACAGAGUGACAACAACAACAAAAACAACAACAACAACAAAAAUACUUUUGUGAGGGAGGGGAGAGGGAAAGAAUACAUAUAAUAGAGAAUUUUAAAAAUCUUAGUUAGAUUACAAUGAAAUAUAUAUAAUAAUAACAAUAUAUAUACAUGUACACAUAUACAUACACAUAUGUACAUAUGUAUAUAUAUAUAUACAUAUACAUAUACACACACACAUUGUGUACAAUCCCCCUGAAUCACUGACACAACAGCGACAAUACAACAACAGCAUCAAUAAUAACAACAAUAGCAAUACCGGCAAUAAUAAUGACAACAAACGAAUGACAACGACGACGACAACAAUAAUAGUAAUAAUGACCACGACGAGGAUACAAAACAACAAACAUCACUACGAUAUACAGCACCAUAGUCCGGACUGUGGGGCACCUAACAGGGCCCCGCCCCGCGACCACCCGCCAACCAAACCAACCACCCACUCCACCCCUAAAUACCCCGGGCCACACAUGACUCUCAUCUUGUGUGUUGUUCAUGUGGUGCAGUAAAAACCUCACUGUGAUGUAUGCAUUGUUUUGCAUAUGCAUGGUUUUUAUUACCAUCAGUCUCAGCUGAUAUGUCAGCGCAUCCUCGAUUACCGGCUGUUUGGCUGCUGCUGGACUGAGGAAUCCUACUGAAGGGUUUAAACAAAAACAGAGUUUCCUCUCAGUGCGUGAGGAAACUCCCUCAUUUGUUACUCUAAUUUGAUUUGGAUAGAAAGGCUGAGAUGUAAAGCUGAAGUCAUGAAGUGCAGACUGUAGAUUUACAGACAGACAGGUUUGGGGGUACAUAUGGUGGACCUGAUGAUCUCACAGGGAGGGGUCUGUCUCUGCUUAUUAAAUAUGGCAGUAAUGAGAGCUGAUCAAAGACAGUCUACACGCACACACGCGCGCGCACACUCACUGACAGCUGCUGUCAUCAGGCAGAUUACAGAGGAGUCUUUCUUUAAGCAGCCCAUGAGGACGACCUCUAAGCUCGACUGCAGCAGGUACUCCUCAUCGUAAAUUACCCAGAAUUCACUCAGUACUGACAGCUUAUUAUGGACUGAUGGAGACUUUCCGUGACGCAGGUCGUAGUCGACUCUCAAGUGUUUAAGGGGGAAAAUUUCCUUAAAUAUCAGCACUUUAUGUAACAAGAAGAUAGUUCUUGGACGGUCUAGUUGAAGAUUCUGAUGGUGCCACUUCUCAAGCUAAUGUCUAAUCAGAACAAUCAGAAAUGAAAUCUUAUAGAUCUUGUUUGCACGUGUGAGUCCCUGUAGAGCCUUGUGUUCAAACGUAAAACUAUGUAAAGUUAGGGUACAGAAACAGUUUUGGUCUCUGUCACUUCAUUUCUUGUUCCUCUAGUUUUCAAAAGGAGGACGAGACAAACAGAAAAGACUCAGGGGAGAGAGUUGUGGAAAAGUGAUAGUCAGAGGAGAGAGGAGUGAAGGUGAGAGGACUUUGUGGCGAGCUCAUUUCUUCAGGGUCCAGCUGUACUUGUCUCUUUCUCUUCUCUUGGCCUGUUCUGAUUCAGAGAGGGCAGAGUUAAAGCUCAGUCAUUCAAGUCUUGGCACCGUCUCUAAUAUCUGACAGAGUUGAGCUGCUGCUCACAGACUGAGCUGUCCCUGUGUUCCCUCUCCAUGUCUGACUCUGAUCUCAUUGACUUCCUCUUUUUUCUCUGUCCUCCUGUUAUCUUCCCAUCCUCUCCUCUUUGUCUCCCCUUCCCUCCUUUAGGCGGAGUUCAUCUCUCCCCGGAGGACUUCACCAAGGCGCAGAAGUACUGUAAGUACGCGGGCAGCGCCCUGCAGUACGAGGACGUGAACACGGCCAUCCAGAACCUCCAGAAAGCCCUGAAGCUGCUCACCACCGGCAAAGAAUGAAGCCUUUGUCCUCCUCCUCUUCCUCCAUCUCAUCCCUCCAUCCUUCCCUCCUUCCUUCCUUCUUUCUCUGCACAGCAGCAGAAGCAGCAGCGUCGCUCUAUCUGGCACUGAUCUCACACACACUGACACACACAGACACACACACACACAGACUGAGGCUGUCCUGUGAGGAGACGCUCAGCUCGCCGUCAGAGGACAUGAUGGAAAUCAGUCUGUAACAAUGGCUGCCUGUGUCUGACGCUGUGACUGACUGACGGCACAACACCACGACUCUUUGACUCAGUUUGAACUAUCAGAGUCCAUCAAAGCUCCAUUACCGAUCGUUAUGGGCUCAUUACGGACUCAUCAAUAUCCGCAGAUAUGAAUAACAAUCACUUUGGUCACCCUGACUGACAGAAAAUCUCAAUGAAAGCUUCACAUGCUGACUUUUUACUGUGGCCAGAGGUUUUUCAAACACCAAGGAGGAUCUGGGAGGUUUACAGAGCGUAAAAAAAUAUGCAAAGUAUUCAAUUAAAAUCCAUUUUAAGUGCAAAAUAUUGCAAAAGCCAGGAUCCAGGCCUUCAAUUUAGUUUUUUUUUUCUGAAACUUCAAAUGAAACUUUGACACUUUAGUCACUCAAACUCUGAAAGCUCCUCCAUAAUUUGGUUAAUUAAGGGUCAGCUGAUAGUUCCUAGUGAUUUAACUUGGAUGCUAUGGACUGAGAAAAAAGUUGUGUUCAAACUAAAAGCAGAACAUUUGUUUCUCACCACUUAUCACACUUAGAUGCAAAUAUGCAACAGUUGUUAACUCUCACAGCUUGAAUUUUGAGUGAAGUCAUGCUUAAACCAUCCAGUCCUCAGGUCUUCCUGAUUUCUGCAGAUUGCAUCAGAAAUGCAACCAAAGCCCAUUAAAAAAAAUGCAGAUUUAGCAGUCUGUUUUAUCUCUUCUCGCAGGCAGACAUAACAAAAGUGUGAGGUCAGACGUUCACAAAUGUGCAUCAUGAUUGUGUUAUUUCAGCGUCCUUAUAACUUU